AUGUUCCUUAUACUCCAGUCAACUUCCUAUGCUUCAGAGCAGAACUGCAGGAGCAGUUAUAAAGAGUGUAAAAUGCAGGACUGCCCCAGCUCCUCCAGUGUCUGUGUGUGAGUAUUGACAAGAAGUGUAAGGGAUCUUUUCCCCUAAGCCCAGUAACAGCUUCUCACACAGGAAAUACUACAGCUCCUGCAUCUCUGUUAUCAAUCACAGGAGCCUGACAUGACUUCAGGAAGUCAGUGAGUAUUUUGCAAAUAACCUUUCAAACUUAUCAUAUCCUAAACACUUUUUCCCUUAUCUUAAAUUUAACCCCUCCAAAAACCUAAACAAAACACCCUAUGUACCCCGAUACUAAAUGUAACCCCUUUAUAAAUCCUCUCAACCACCUAUGUAAUUUAACUCAGAUGUUAAACCCUCUCUAACCUCUAAUCCUCUCUAACCUUAGACCCUCCUUUACCUUUAUCUGAUCUCUGCAUGCACUCACCAUACUCACAGAAUUAAACAAUACAUUACAAGCAAGUAAGUCAUAUACACCUAUCAAAUACCAAUAAAUGUGUGGGUUUGUUUUUGGUUUAUUUAUAAAGGCCUGAAAUGUAGGUAGAUGUCCACUUUGCAUUUUGUUCCCCAACAAAUAGCAUUCAAAUUUUAAAAUUACUUUUUUUUUUUUUUUAAAGUUCCUUGAAUAUGUUAAACAUUAAAAAAAAAAAAAGACAGAGCAAAGACACUUCUAAAUGUUUUCAUAGCAAAUCUUACCAAUAUUGAUAGAACAUAUCUUGCAUGUUGUAUUUUUUUCCUACACUAUAAGCAUUUGAAUUACCUGUGACACAUUACCUCAAGGUUGUCCAAUAUAUUGGCAGACACUCCAUUUGAAGUUUAUCUUGCAAGCAGACCAUGAACUUAUGUGGUGUGAAACAGGUCUUUCUGAAACCACAAAACCACAAUAUAGUGACUCUACUCUUUUGACAAAACGCUUUGCAGCAUCUGGGCAGAGGUUUAUAGAAAAGUAUAGGUUAUUUAAUUGUAACAACAUAUAGUUAUGGCUCAUAGAUGUGAAUGACAAACCACAUACUAUUUUAUUUCACAAUUUGUACAACGUACUUAUGUCUUGUUAAGAACUAUUUAUCCAUCUCUCUAUGUUCUUUGAAAGUCAUCUUUAGAUGAAGUGUUAACUUUUGAAAUUCACUUUGAGUUCCUGGAGAUCACAUUAUAGUGAAUAGCCUUGUUUGUAAUGUAAUUAACAGGAGUAUUCCUUUUGUUUCCAUAGUGAUUAGUCCACUUCUCUAGAUUACUAACCUCAGAUUGCUCUUUAAAGACACCCCAUAGUGUUCACUUGUAUAUUUGUAAUAUUUUUCCAUUCAACACCAAUUUACAACAUUGACAACAUGCCACUUUAUUUUGUGUGUUAUUCUUAAGUUUCUUCCCUAACUUUACUGGAUAACCAUUCAAUUAAAAACUCUGUUAGGAACAGACUACCAAUGUGCUUGAUUUUUUUUAUUAUUUGUUAACUUUUAUUUAUAAGUUAAUUUUUUUAUUUAUUUGUACUAAAUGUGCUGUAUAUUUUUCAUUAUAUGUUGCAGUUUGUUUUAUAUGUAAGAUACAAGAUCUGGCACACUUAUUCACUAAACACCAACUUCAAAGUUACAAAACAUAAUUAAAAAAAAAAAAAAAUUAAAACAGCUGACAGGCAAAAAUAAUAGAGAUUUAGGUCAUGCAUUGUAUAAAUCGAUCACAACAUAAAUACACCCAAAGUUGGCAAGUCCUAGUCUAGAAACCAAAUGCAUGCUUUUAUGAUAGUAACCAACUUACUUGGGAAAUCCAUGCUCUUUUGCAGUGUGAGGCUAAUCAGAACCCUAAAAUAAGGCACCUGUGACAGGGAGGGGUGCAAAGGCAAGGGAGUUGGGUUGUACUCCCCAAACAUAAAAAAUAAACACAUUCCAGUGUUGUAGCUGACUCGCAAAACUUCAGCUGGCAAACAAAUCUCUCUUUACUCGCUUUACAUGUUGGCAUACUUUUUUGAACAAAUUUAAAGGGUUAUUCCAAAAACCAUUACCACUUUAGUGAUUUCAAGUGGUAAUGGUGCCUGGAGUCUGUCUGUAAAGCAUCUCACUAUGAAAGUUAUGCACGUACAGAGUUUAACCCUUUGCUGCUGAAGGUGCAACUCCACUUCAAGUGUCAGGUAAUUUUUGUUGCCAAUCAUUGGCUGUGAACAGCUGACUCUCGGUCAAAUAAUGGGCGGCAGGAUCUGCAUCCAGCUUCUGCACAAGAUGGUUACAUGCCAUUGGCAACAGAGAAACUGUGAUGCCCAGCAGAGAAUCAGGUAAGAGGGCAAACCAUUGGAGCCAGGCUAUUCUUGGCGUCAUAACAUCACCACUGGGUUAUAGUGGUUACGAUGCUUUAAGGGCCUUUGAUAUUAUCUUACGAUAAACUAACAGGUUAUAACCUAUCUUUUAAUGCAUCAUCUGAAAAGAAGUGUGCAAUUGUCAAACAAAUAGGAGAUAAUGGGCAAAUACUGGCUCGCUUCCUCAAACAAUUAACAUUUAAAAAGUUCUUCCUGAGAAAAGUAGGGAACGUAUGACAGUGUUUAUAUUUCAAAACUCAAAUAUUACUAGUGUUACAAUUGUGUCAAGGUAGAACAGUUAUCUGAUUUUUAUGUAUUUUUGUUGCAGACAAUGCAUAACCAUGUACUGCAUUUCCUGCACAUCUGCCAAACCAUGUAGUAAAUGAAAAGUCAAAAUUUGAGAAUAAAGGUUUGCAUUAGAAAGAUGCUGCCAGCUGGAUUUGAACCAUUCCUGUUUAAUUAUUAAACAAAUUUUGUAUUGAAACCAUGCAAAACAAUACUUUAAAAAAGAUAAUCACAUUUAAUAUUCCUCCUUCUGUUGCAUACCCCUAGACUUGAGUGUAAAUUGUCUGAAAUUCAAAGUUUGGGCCAAAUUUGAAAUUCCUGAAAAUUUCUGAUUACUAAAAAGUGAUGGUUUAAUGAUCAAAAAAGGUGUCCGUUAUACAUAUCCUCAUUGAUAGAGGAUGAGGGGUGCUCUCUUCAUUUUUAUUCUUUCUUCGAGGUCCUACAUUGGACCAGAAAUACAGAAACCGUUUACUGAAAAAACGCUGCUUCAUAUAUACAUUCUGAUGCAUAUCAUGAAAAUGAAAAAUUUAAAGGACCACUAUAGUCACUCAGACCACUUUAGCUCAAUCAAGUGGUCUGGGUUCCAGGUUCCCCAGGUUUUAACCCUGCAACUGUAAACUUAGCAGUUUCAGAGAAACUGCUAUGUUUACAUUGCAUUGUUAAUCCAGCCACUAGUGGCUGUCUUCCUGACAGCCGCUAGAGGUGCUUCCCCGACGCUCAAUGCGAAAAUCGCAUUGAGCACGCAGAACGUCCAUAGGAAAGCAUUAAGAAAUGCUUUCCUAUGGGUGUUUUUUAAUGUGCGCCCGGCUCUGGCCGCGCAUGUGCAUUUAGCUCCAUUCGGGAGCUGAUGUCGGAGGGGGAGGAGAGUUCACCAGUGCCGAAGGAGCGGGGGACCUAAGGAUUAUACAGUGCCAGGAAAACUAGCUUGUUUUCCUGACACUAUAGUGAUCCUUUAAAGGGACACUCCAGGCACCCAGUUCACUUCUGUCCUUUGGAGUGGUCUGGGUGCCAACUCCCACUACUCUUAGCCCUGCAAGUGUAAUUAUUGCAGUUUUUUAUAAACUGCAAUAAUUACCUUGCAGGCUUAACUCCACCUCUAGUGGCUGUCUACUACACACCCACUAGAGGGCACUUCCUGGUUCCUAGCACAGGGAACCUGUGCUAGAGCGUCGCUGAAUGUCUUCACGCUGUGUGAGGACCUCCAGCGUCGCUCAUUUCCCCAUAGGAAAGCAUUGAAAUGCAUUUUCAAUGCUUCCUUAUGGGGAGCGCUAACGCGCAUUAGGUCUCUCCGGCCAGUGGGCGGGAUCAGUCUCGCCCACCAGCCGACGCAGUCAGAAGGAGGAGCGGCGCAGAGGGAGAAGUAGCAACGUGGGACAUCGUCGCUGCCUCAGGUAAGUUACUGAAGGGGUUUUCACCCCUUCAGCAACCGGGGAUUGGGGGGUGGGAGAGGGAACCUGCAGUGCCAGGAAAACAGAUUGUUUUCCUAGCACUGGAGUUUCCCUUUAACACUGUAAUAGUGAUUAUUGCAGUUAUUGAAUAACUGCAAUUAUUACUCUCCUGGGUUAACUCCACCUCUAGUGGCUGUCCCUAGAGGGACUUCCGGAUCAUUAGGUGACUUUUGGUCGCCUGAUGCUGGAUGUACUCACAAGUAUAAGCAUAUCCAGUGUCCCCCCAAGCCCCAUAGGAAAGCAUUAUAUAAUGCUUUCUUACGUGACUGCGCUUGCAGUGCAUGCUCAUUAGGUUCCCAACAUCUGAGAUAAUUUCCUCCCAGCACUUGUGAAUGGGAAUCCACACUGGAGUAGAGCCGCCCGCAGCUGCUCUUGCAGCUCCUUUCCUUGACCUGUACCUGGCCAGCACGGUCCCCACUGGAACCCAGGGAAGCCAUCCACACUGCUUGAUAUACACAGAAAUGCAGAAUAACCCUCCCCUUAUACAAAUAACACGAACAGCCAACCCACACACAAACAUACACACAUCCCUCACAAACUCAACACCACUAACAAUCCACAUACAUGCACACGACCCCACAUGCAGUCUCUCACAUGCAAAACCCCAAACAUACACACACUAUCAAACACACAAUGUGACAUAUUCAUCCACACACAAUUCCACAAGCAGCUCCCAUACAUAGGUAUCAUACAUAACACAACAAACUACUUGUGAACAUAUACAAUAUAAUAGCUCAUAUACGUACAAAUAACACAAGCAGACUACAGCAACAUACACACCUCAAUUUAAAAAAAAAAAAAAAAAAAAAACAGGACCGGCACGCUGCAGGACAUCACAAUCUUAUUUCGGCACAGUGCUGCUAAAAGGUUGCCUAUAGGACUUUUAUCAGCUUGGUGAAACCCUGAUCUACUUUUUUGUACCACAUUUGCUGUAAGGGGAUCUGUCCAGUAUGCUAUUGAGCAUGAACUAAAUGUGCAUUUUAAAAGAUAUGCCCUUUAUGUUACUGAGUAAUACUAUAACUAAUGUACACUUAGUGAAUCUGACCAGGAUAUUGCUGAGUUUUCCUACAUCUACCUGAUUUAGUACAACUUGUACUUUAUUAAAUGUCAUAAUCAUCAUUAUUAUAUCACCUCCUCUACAUUUUGUGAUUUAUCUCCUACUGAACAACUUCUAUUUCCCUUUCCUAGUGGAAACUUAGGGGAGCAGAAGGAGGGAGCUCCUGGUCACUCCAGUGCUGACGUUGCAAAGCUCAGAAGAAUGCAGAGAGCCCCCCUUUCUCCCUUCCCCUCCCCCGCCUUGCUCCAGCUACAGUAUAUUAGGGUUAAAAUCACUGCUUGGGGUGGGGCUACAUUGCCAACGCGGCUCAUGCUUCAUUACAGCAGCCGCAGGAGGGGGCACCUAGCACAAAGUUUCUCAAUGCAUUUUCUUUUUCUCUGGGGAUGCUGGGAGUUGUAGUUUUCUGCUAAAGCCCAUCCUGGUGGGCACACCGGGACCUCACGGAGUAGCGGCAGUUGUACAAGUGUCCUCCCAGUGACCUCCACCGCUGGCUCGGACCCUGUGCUUGAUCCUCUGCCUCCAGGAGGCGUGCAUGCCCUGCCGGAGGAUGCUCUGCGCUUUCUCGAAGGGGAGACCGCGGUCCCAGCGCUAGGAGUGGCGCAGCGAGGGUCCCGUGGGCGCAGAGGACUUCGGUUCGAGAUCCCGGGUAAGUUCUGAAAGCUUCACUGUUUAGUGGGGAUACAUGGGGUAAUAGAACCUGGCAGGGAAUAUGGGGGUUUCUACGCGAAUCAAAGAAAGUUUAUUGUAAACAGAGGGAGGGAGACCUAGAAGCAGCCCUUUAAUUCACAUCAGACUAUUGAAAGAUAUAGCACUAUGUCAAAUGUUCUUUUAUUGUAAAUCAGAAUGUUGAGCAAUUAUCAGGGGCGUUCCAUAGGGGGGAUUGCGUCCUUUGUUUAGCACUUUGCACCUUUUUUAUUUUUGCACAUUAUUGCUAAAUGUACUCCAUAGCUAAAAAGAGCACUGCUAUAAAAUGCAGGUAGUAAAUGAGUUUUUAGCACUUCCUGUAGUGCUUUAAUAAUGGAUAUGGUAUGUAUGAUAGCUGCCAGUUACUGAGACUUCAGUAUAUGGAGUUAAGUAGUGUGUGUAUUAUUUAUUUAUUUUUUUAUUUUAAAACUCACAGACACGUGCGGAAAAUGUAGGCAUUUAUUUUAUUUACUUGGAAGACUAUCUCUCAGUUGUGCAAUGCAAGGCCUCAUUAAAAUAACUGCUGCCCUGCAGGCAGCAUCUUUUUGGUAAAUGCCUUAAGUCCUCAUUGUUUAAUCAGCAAAAAGGUUGAUUUCUUCUUUGAGAAUUAUUUUAAAAUAAUAGUAUCCUGCCUUUCUAAUGAAACUAUGGUAUUAUUUCUGUUGGUAAGAGUAGCCAUUUUAAUUGUUUUCAUUUUGGAGAAGGAACUUUACAGGAAUCAUCAAUUAUAGACUAUAGAAGACCAGCCCAAAAAUUGAAUUUUUUUUCUUUUGUUAUUUCAGUUGGACUAUUUUUACCUAAAAUAUUGAAUUUUCUACAACCAUUAGCUUAGUGAAUUAUCCCAUACAUGCAACUCUAUUAUUAAAUGUAUAUUUUUCAUCUAAUACCGAUAUCAAGAACCGAAGACUUGGAAAAGAUUGUUACAGUGAGUAAAAUAAUUGCAAUAAUGAAAUCACUGUUCUAGUCCUGCACACUGGCCAUUUGUUGCAAUUUCCAGAAACACACUUUUAUACAUCUCCACACAUAAGCUGAUUGAUGGAUGUUGAGACUGUAGGUUUUAUUAUUUCACAGUAUAAUAAAAGGGGCAAAAUAGAAGCAAUGUUUUUUCUCUUCUAAUAAAAUAUGGUUUUCAAUUGAGCUGUUGUGAGAUUUUGAAUUGUAUAACCUAUGUUCCUUUGUUUAUUUACAUUUUAUAACGGUGGAUUUUUUUUCACUAAAGCAGGAAUUGCCUAUACCUGACAAGGGAAUUUAACAUUCGUAGGCCAAAAUUGUCAACCUGGAAAUUUUCUCCAAAUUAACAAUUUUACCAGUCCAGAUAUUUUGGCCAGAGUUUGUAAUUCUUCAUUGUAAUUUCUAGUUUGGUGAAUAAUCCUCACUUUAAAGUAAUGUAAACGUUUUCUACUAAGCAGAUUUAUCAGCUUUAAUGACAUAAUAUUCCAGAAGAUGAGUUUGAAGUGUCAUUGAGAGUUUGCACUUUAAAUCUACAGCUUUCACUACUUAAUUCCCCAAAUUUAUCAGGAAAUACUGAAAUAUGUAGGAUAAUUUUUAACAGCCCUACUUAUUCCUGCUUUAAAAACAUAAUCUGACAUGAUCUUUACUAUCUUGAUGUUACUGUCAUUCAAAGCCUUUGUAUGUCAACAGCUACUGCAGAGAAACCAUUGUAUUCAUUCCAUACACUCUGGCUCAGCUAGCCAAGGAGCUGACAUUCUCAUUUCUAAAAAUCUUUUCUUUGAUUUAUGCUACCCAUUCUGAAUGGACUGUUAGAAGUUCAAACCGUUUUUUUGCCCUCAUGACACACUGUUGUCUUAAUUGUCUGUGAAGUAAAACCAUUGAUGACAUAGUAACUCGUAUUGAACUUGAACCUGUACUGCUUCAUUUAGUAGCUUCCCCACAACCAAUUGAAAAUUUCCAGAGUGUAUGUGUUUUGUAGGCUUUGUAUGUUCUAGAUGUGCACAAACAACUCUCAAAGUGUCAACAGCUACACAUGGUAUAAUUUGCAUGGCCAUGUUCCAGUGACAUUUUUUCACAGGGCAAACUAGAGGGACACCAUCAGUGUCUAAAAAAAGGACUCUUUUUGGUCUAUUACGUGUCCCACUGAUGUCACACACAUUAUCAAGUCUACAUAGUACACAGAGCACUGGUAAUCUAUUUAGUAAUGUUAUUAAUAACUAACCAGGGGCUCCCCUGGAUCUUAAAAUAAAUAAAAUCAGCGUGGGAUCUCCAUGCAUGGUAGACUGCUCAUUGACGGUAAUGAGAAAUAUAUAAUAAAGAGUUAUAAAACAUCUGUUCAUGUACAAAGACAUGGAGCAGAGAUAUGUACAAACCACACCAUAGAUCUUUCUCCCUAGAUUUCCAUUAGUAACCAUGACAGAGAGCUUCCAGAAUGUGGUGCAGUGAGGUGCUGGUACUGGUAAGCAAAUAUUAAUCAUUCCAAUAUGAGCUUUACGUUAAGUGCUGGGUGAAGUAAACUACAAGAAAAAUAUCACUUUACAUGACAGUGAGGUUGGGGCAGCUAGAUUGCUUAACAGGGAUACAAUUUUCUCAAAUGGGCAGUAGCCAUGGAAACAGCAAGUUUGUUAUUCUUUUUUGUUCCCACACCUUUAUAACUCUGUACCACUUUCAUACUAAUUAUUCCAAGGGACUUAAAGGGACACUAUUGGCACAAAACAACUUUAGUGUAAUUAAGUAGUUUUGGUGUAAAGAUCAUGUCCCUGCAGUCUCACAGCUCAAUUUUCUGACAUUUAGGAGUUAAAUCACUUUUUUAUACAUCCCUAGCCACACCUCCCUGCAUGUGACUUGCACAGCCUUCCUAAGCACUCUCUGUAAAGUGUCAUCUAAUGUUUACACUUCCUUUGUUUCUCAUUCUGUUUAAUUUAGAAUUUCUUAUCUCCUGCUCUGGUAAUAGCCUACUAGACCCCACAAGAGCCUCCUGUAUGUGAGGGAGAUUUUAUUUUAUAGAGCAGGAGAUAACUCACUGUAGAAGUUUUUAACAUCUGAUUGAAAAUGAAACCCAUUUUUUUCCAUGUAGCUUAUGUGAGUCACAACAAGGGAAGUGUGGCUAAGACUAAAAAACAGAAACAAAAGUGAUCUAACUCCUAAAUGGCAGAGAACCAGUGAGACUUCAGAGGCAUAAACUAAAACGGCUUCAUUAAACUGCAUUCAGACCUGUAUACAAUUCCAUCACAUGGUUCAGUAGGAAUGGCUGGGGAACAGCUGGAGUAAUAAUAACAACGGCAUCUAGAGAACCAAGAAGCUCCAAACUGGGAGACAAAAAUCAGGGUCCAGUUAAUAAACAGCAGACAGGGAGAGGGCGACUAAAGGCAUUGGGCAUUGUGCUCAUGAUCAACAAAUCGGAAAGGCACUUUAGAUAAAUGGGUACUGUGUUUAAAUGUCUAACAGCUUUUACUUGGAAGUGGGUAAAUUUAAAGAAACUCCUGUGUUCUUCUAGGAAUCCAUACCAGGUAUAAGCCAAACACCCUAGUGUUUUACAGACUCCUGUGCUAGAUUAGUACAUGUCUAAUGAAUCCCAUGCUGUCAAUAUGUGCUAGGCAUUUUCUAUGAAGCAGGAUUAAAGUCCUACAGAGCGAGGUCGGUAAAUCUUCAUAUACUUUUUAGAUGGAUAGUUUCUUAAUUUAAAGGAUUGGAUCCAGACUGCCACUGUCACCAGUGGAAGGACAUGGAGCAAUUUAAGACCUUGUUUUCCACUACUUACAUUAAAUUUAAUAGUAGAAUAAAUGUUUGUCCUCUAGGAUGGGUCAUAUAAUGGUCUCCCCGUAUUUAUUUGUUUUUCACCAUUCCAUGCCUCUUCCCAUUCACAGACAGAAUAUAUAUAUAUAUAUCGUACUCCUGAUGAAAGCUCCAUGUGGGGGCUGAAACGUUGACUUUUAUAUGGAUUAAAUAAAAGUUACAUUUUAUUUGAAAACUAUCACAGAGACCUUGGAGUGCGGUCCUUUCUACUGUAUAUAAAAAACCUCAAAGAUAGUGUAAAAAAAAAAAAAAAAUGUGUGUGUGUGUGUGUGUGUGUGUGUGUGUGUGUGUGUGUAUAUAUAUAUAUAUAUAUAUAUAUAUAUAUAUAUAUAUAUAUAUAUAUAUAUAUAUAUAUAUAUAUAUAUAUAUAUAUAUAUAUAUAUAUAUAAAUUUAUAUAUAUAUAUAUAUAUAUAUAUAUCAUCUUUUUGAAUUCCCCCAGCCCCCUAACUCGUAAAUGUCUUUUCACCCUUCAUCUACUCAUAAGUACAGCCCUUCUUCUUCCCCUAUGCUUUUUCAGUACUUUUCAACCUUUUCUGGCCGUUCUAUAUUAACGUUUUCUAUUCUGUUGCAGCCUUCCUUAUUUUUGUACGGUUCCUCUUCCCCAUGAAAAAAAUAAAUACAUUUUGAGGGCCUUUAAAUGUGUAUCUGUAUUUUUGUUCUUGCUGUCCAGUGGUGCUUCUGAGUCAUGGCAAGUGAGACAAAAGCUACAGAAUUUUUUUUUUAUUUUUUUUUUUAUUUUUUUAUAAAACCAGCAUUUUGUAGAAGGAAACACUUUUGGCUACAUAAAUUCAAAACAUAUACGUUUAAAGGGAUUUUCCAUAUACAGAUACAGAGGAAUAGAUUUUGGAGGUAUUUAACUGCAGUUGCACUUAUGUCAUGAAUGAAACUGUAUUAAAGAAUGUAAACAAAAUGUACUGUUUUAGGAGGUUCUUGAUGCUAAUACAGGGCAAUGAUAUUUUUAGACUCUUCAAAUAAAAAUCGUAAAUUGCUGCCCUCAGAAAUGCAAUUUUUUUUCUUCAUUUCUAUUUGGCUACAAUACAAAAUAUAAUUUAUGUACAUUUUAAAAAUAUCUGAUUUGACACUGUGUAAAUAUAUAGCUUUUAUGUUUGCUGUACCUCUAUUUUGAAAGCAAAGAUAGUAGGAAUAUGACAAAUAUGCUGCAUUGAUAGAUGGAAUGUGACACCUAUUUAUCAUUCAUUUCAAAGAUGAUCGGUUGUGGAAUGUUUGUUUUUAUAUAAAUAGUGCUACUAUGUAACAUCUUACCUAGUUACAUAGUAAUCUGAAUUGGGGGAAAAAAAAGACUCAAGAAGACAAAAAAAAAAUGAAUUGUGUAAUACAUUAUGCCAUGAAUGGGGGAAAAAUUCUUCUUGACAACAUAAUGGCAAUCAGAUUUCUUUUUUUAAUCAAAAAUCUUUUCAUAUACAUAUUUAAAUAUAUACUUGAAUACUGUUUUUAAAAAGAAAAAGACGAUUUAAAAAAAAAUAUCUAUAGAAUAUUGAUCAGACAAACUCUUUUGGCAGAAAAUUCCACAUCUCAUUUAUUUAUUUAUUUAUUUAUUUUAUUCUUACUGUAAAAUAACCACCUUUCUUCUAGUCUCGGUGGAAAGAUAACCUCUUGUCUGUUUUAUAUUCCUGCUAAAGAAUAGACUCUGUCUGUGUAUAGUGCUAUCAUCUUCAUCAUUUAUAGAAUAUAGUGAAGCCAGGUAGCUGCAAUCCAAACUAUAGAUGCAUCCUUGUUAAUGAGAUAGUGUGUGUGUGUGUGUAUAUAUAUAUAUAUAUAUAUAUAUAUAUAUAUAUAUAUAUAUAUAUAUAUAUAUAAUCUAUUAUCUAUCUAUCUCUAUCCUUUUUUAAUUCACAUGGUUGGAGGUAGUAAUCUAAGUGGCUUACAGGUAAUUGUACAUGUUUGUAUCCCUAAUGCUAUAGUGUUCCUUUAAAUCCAAUGCAUAUUGUUGUGAAGCAUUCAUAGAUCAUACCGUUAGUUUAGUCUAGUGUAUGUCAGAGUGCCUUGUACUUCUAGAUUUUGAAGACAAAGGUGUCAUUUGUGUGUGCUAUAAUUAAGGGUUGGACGUAGAAGAACAUUGUAUUUUGAACUAGAAGAGUGUGUCCAGUUAUUCCUGUUCAUCAAGUGUGAAGUUAAAAAAGACAGACCAGUCAUUGUCACUUACAGUAAGUGAGAAAGAAUUGUGCAUAUGAUUCUCUGAAUUUGUAGGUAGGAGAAGAGUGGAAUUGUCAAAGUAAAAAAGUAAUCUUAUUAAAGCCUCUCCUACAUGUGGAAUAUACUGCCCAGUAAGAUUGUGUAGGUAGUGUGUGUCACCAUUUUCAAGCAUCAGAUCAUGAUUGCACAGAGUGUAGAGAGAACACUGUCCAGUCGUAAGUACAAUGACCACUUUCCAUACUUUGGUUGUGUAAAGGAGUAUGUUGUUUUGAGAUGAACUUAGUGUUCAUGUACUUAUACAUGAUGAGUAAGUACAGUGUGUAUUUAUCAAAAUCUGAACCAGAACAUAAUAGGGUAUUGCCAAAUAUAAAGUACAAAAAGCAAACAGAAAGUAGAUGCUGCUAGUCUCAGUGCAUACAAAGCUCUGAGAUCAGCUGCAUCCCCUGGAUAUAUGUAUAGUUGUAUAGUUAUUACUGUAUACUGGCAUAAAAAAUGUAUAAUCUUGUAUUAAUAAAACCAAAACAUAAUAAAUGAACCAAAGUAUAUGCAAGUGAUACAUAUGCUAAUAUGCAAGCCAGAAAUAGACACUAGGUAGGGAUACAAUCUGAAUCCGUAUAAAAUGUAUGAUCCCCAAUCCUGAAUUCCAGCUUUCUUAACAAGUGUAUAGGCUAAAUAGGAAGGGAUCAAUCCCAAAUCAAUUCCCUAACACUGGGCUAUCUCAAGGUUUACUCUUAAUACUAUCUUAUAGAUAUAGGUACUGUGCUUGUAAUAGAAAACACCUCUUGUCAAUAAUGGAGUGCAGUAUUGAUCUAGGCACAGUCCCCAAACCCUCAAUCUUAAAUCACCCACUUUCAGUUGAGCUUUUUUACUAUAGUUAUAUAUUUGUAUUUGGCUUUUAUGGCUCUGAAGAAAUCUGAUUGUUCAGUGCUUUCCUAUGAGAUUCCGGUGAUGCUGGAAGUCCUCAUGUAAAGCGUGAGGAUAUCCAGCGUCAUUUAAAUGACCAAAGGUUAUCUAAACACCCGGAAGUCCCUCUAAACAAUCCGUUUUCCUGGCACUGCAGGUCCCCUCUCCCUCCCACAUUCCAAUCCCCGGUUGGUGAAGGGGUGAAAACCCCUUCAGUAACUUACCAGAGGCAGCGACGAUGUCCCACGUCGCUGCUCCUCCCAGUGAUUGCGUUGGCCGGUGGGCAAAACUGAUCCCGCCCACUGGCCGGGGAGACCUAAUGCGCAUGCGCGGCAAUGCCGCACAUGCGCAUUAGAGCUCCCCAUAGGAAAGCAUUGAAAAUGCUUUUCAAUGCUUUCCUAUGGGGAAAUGAGCGACGCUGGAGGUCCUCACACAGCGUGAGGACUGUGGCUGUCUAGUAGACACUCACUAGAGGUGGAAAUAACCCUGCAAGGUAAUUAUUGCAGUUUAUUAAAAAACUGCAAUAGUUACACUUGCAGGGUUAAGAGUAGUGGUAGUUGGCACCCAGACUACUCCAAUGGGCAGAAGUGGUCUGGGUGCCUGGAGUGUCCCUUUAAGGGGUUAAGCACCAUCAUGGGAACCUAGGAGCCUGGUCGGGCUAUAGUCUGUUAGCGGAAAUGAUAGCAGAUGUAUACAUUGUAAAUUGAUGCCUUUUCUUGUGCCUUCCUAUCUUUUAAUAAAUCAUCAGCAGAUAAACAAAGAAAUUAAUGAUACAAUUAUAUUCUUGAUCCAUGACACUGUGUUAUGCCCUCAGCAAGCUACAACCCCCGGAAUGCGUCUUAGUCUAAAGAAGCAUUGGGAGGCAGGGCAAUGUAUGGCAAUUGCUGCAUUGCAUUGGCAAUGCUUUCUGCAGAGCAGCAUUUAAACCAAAUAUGUAGAGGAACCUUCUCCCUUGUUUAAAGCUGGGUGUUGCUACCAAGGGAAGGGUUAUAAAAGUGCUGGAACUUUUAUGCUAAAAUUCUACAUAGAUAUGCUGAUGUGCUUUGGGAGUUUUAAGUAUUUCUUUAAAUACUAAAACUUGCUGAUACACAGCAGGAAGAUUUCCCCCCCCAAAAUUUUUAUACAUAUUAUAUAAUAUAUAUAUAUAUUUUUUUUUUUUUAGGUCCAUGUAUAUAAAGAAAUGCAAAUAUCCAUGUGUUCUAGACUGCGAACAUAGAAUAAUUAUUUUAAAAGUGCAUUUUAUUUUGUCUGGAACAACACUGAUCCAGCAAUCCCUGAAGGUAGGACCAAAAAUUCCUGGCAUUCUUGAGAGGUGAAGGGUUAGAUAGAGCAGGAGACAGAUCUGCAUAAAUAAUAAAAAUAAAAAAAAACGGAUGUGUGUCCAGAAGAACAUUUUUCAGUCUGCUAUAAAGCCACUUUGUGCUUUUGAAUUGAUAAAUAUUUAGUCUACUAUCAAAUCAUUAAUGGAUAUCAAAUAUCAUCAUGUAUAAUAAUUUUUUUAUUUUUUUUAUUUUUAAUAGUUUUACAAUAAAUAAGUAUGUUGCAGUCCUCUGCCUCUUCUAUCCAACUUCCCUAAUUCUAAAAUACUUCUUGUUGGUUCCUGAGUAAAAGUAUUAGGUGAAGAUUUCAGCACAGCUCAAUUAGACCCCCAGGGAAAUGAUCCACUCCAGCUCUAACAAAGCUAUGUGUAGCAGAUGGCAUUGGGCUGUCCUCAAAGUUUGCUUUAAAAAUGUAUUUCGUGUAAUUAUUCCCCUGUAUAGAUGUAUUGUAUGUAGCAUUUGUCUGAUUGUUCGGUAGUUUUCAGUCCAUGUUCCAUACGAAUGAAGACUACCGAACCAUCAGACCACCCCAGAGAGAAGUGUGCACCUCGUUAGGCUUUCACACUCUGUAACCGCAAGCUAAUUGACCAUGCAAUCGGUACUUUGUAUACAUAUCUGGGUGGUCGCCGUUCGGCAUACGAACCUCGUGGCGGCGGCCAUCUCAUGCAAGAAAAUCUCAGCAGUGUUUGGUCGUCGAGUGUCUGGAACUCAAAACGGACACUCAAUGUUUAUAUUGCAGGGUUAAGACUGGCUUUAUUGGCUGCCUAUCAGGUAGCCGCUAGAGGCGCUUCUUGCUAUUUCGUAGAGUUUAACUUUAUGAAACAAAGCUGGGCGUUCUCACACUUUGCAUGAAAAUGUCCAGCAUUUGAAAAACCCCGUAUUAAAGCAUUGAUGCAAUGCUUUCCUAUGGGGAAUUCCUAAUGCACAUUAGGCCCCCCCUUGUUUUUUUUUAUUUUGCAUCAGUAUUAAUAACUUUCUUCAUUGCAAUUCUUGCUCAUUAAUAUUUUACAUUUUUAUUACGGUUUUUAAAUAUUCCAUAUUUUUUUUUAUUCAAUAGAUGCAUUUUUAAUUUUAUAGUAAAUUCUCACAAUGAUACAGGUAUAUUAUUUUUUUUCUUAUUUAUUUCUCUAUUUACAAUUGUAAUUAUUGCUUUCCCUAUGUGCUUUAAACAGGAGUGAAUAACACUAGAGGUUUUGUGCCCUGUAUUCUGGUUUAAACUCUCAUGGGUAUUCAUUUUAGUGAAAAUUGUUUAAGGUUCAAAACCAAGAAAACAAUCCAGAGGUGAAUCAUUGUCUUAAUAUAUACACAGAUGGAGUAACAUUAUCAUAACAAUGGCACAUGUCUGUCAGGAUUAUAGUUGAUCCAGUACGCAGAAUAGUAUCACACAUAGGACUAAGGAUAACGUCUAACCGGACCUUAGAAUGGCUGGACUUAACGGACCUGAGAAUAGUAAAGAUACUUGCCGAGAUCAGGUACACCGAAAGAGACACAACGAUGAGGAAAGCCAGAAGUCAAGGAUACCAGAAAUCAGGGAAGUCAAAACGAAGCCAAAGUCAAAAUACCAGAAAAACGCAAUCACGAACACACUCUUGGAUAACAAGCUAGUGGAAACCACAACAGGGCACUAACAAAAAGGUAAUUUGGGGUUAAAUAACCAUCCUUAAGCUGUAACUGGCUGUCUGACCAAAACGUGCAUGCGCGUCUGAUGUGACCAGGCACGCACGUUGGCGUCAUCUUUGAUGUGGGCGGAGGGAAGUCUCUUAUUAAAACCGGAACCGCAGAGGCCGGGGUCUCUAGGAACGCCGUACUCGCUUGGGACCGGGCAGCGGUUUGCUGCGACCAAGGUAACAAUAUGACUUUUCUGCUGGCGUAGCAGCUAUGUUUCAGUGUGCCCACGCCGACCGAAUCGUGGGGAGCCAUGACACUUUCAAGGGGUGAGAUAUUUUACGCAGUAAGUGAAGUCAGUUCUUUCAUUUAAUGCAUUGGAAGCAGCAAAAAUGGGCAAGCAAAAAGAUCUGAGUGACUUUGACAAGUGCCAAAUAGUGAUGGAUAGACAACUGUAACAGAACAUCUCUAAAAUUUGCAAGUCUUGUGCUGUGUUCCCCGUAUGCAUUGGUUAGUACAUAUCAAAAGUGGAAGGACAACCAGUAAACUGGCAUUAGAUUGUAAGUUCACAGUCGGGGCUUUCUUCCUUUUUGUAUUAGCCUGUUUAUAUUGUAUUGUUUUUUUUCCCCCCCCCAAUUUUACAGCGCUAUAGAAUAUGUUGGCGCUUUGUAAAUGUCAGUAAUGAUAAUUAGGGUAAUGGGCACUUAAGGCUCAUUGAUGCACAUUGUGAGUGAAGGCUAGCCGGUCUGAUCACAAAGAAGAGCUACUGUAGCUCAAAUUGCUGAAAAAUGGAAAGCUGGCUAUGAUAGAACAUACACACACACAUCAAGUUUGCUGCGUAUGAUGCUGCAUAGCCGCAGAACUAUCAGAGUGCCCCUGUCCAACACCAAUCGCGCCUUCAAUGGUGACACAAGUGUCAGAACUGGACCAUGGAGCCAUGGAAAACUGUCAUCUGGUCUGAUGAAUCCCAUUUUCUUUUUGAUCCGGUGCAUAGCCUGUACCACCUACCUAACGAUUGUUGCAGACCACAAACACCCUUUCAUGGCAAUGGUGUUCCCUGAUGGCAGUGGCCUGCUUCAGUAGGAUAAUGCUGCCUGCCACACUGCAAAAAUUGUUCAGGACUGAUUUGAGGAACAUGACAAAGUUAUCUCAAUGGAAUUGAGCAUCUAUGGGAUGUGCUUGAACAACAAAUCUGAACCUUCGAGGCCCCUACCUCCCAAAUUGUUGGACUUAAAGGAACUGAUGCUAAAGUUUGUUGCAAGAUAUCACAGGACACCUUCAGAGAUGUUCUGGAGUCCAUGCCUCGAUGCAUCGGAGCUGUUAGGCAGUAUGAGAGGGACCGCCUCGAUAUUGGGCAGGGUUUUCUAAUUUCGUGGCUGAUCAGUGUAUUCAGAAUAAGUUCAAACAGGAUCUGUGCACCUGGGGGGAAUUUGGGAAGUCUGCUAUUGUAAGUCACAGACAGCUCUUGUAAGUUGUCUUUGUGGAACUGUUACAAUUUAUCGGUUCCAAAUGUAAAAAAUUAUGUAUGUGUCUGGUGUAUAGCAAGAGAGAGAGAAUUUUGUUUCUAAACUCUUAUAUAAAUUAAGACAGGAGGUGUGUGUGUGUGUGUGUGUGUGUAUGUGUGUGUAUGUAUGUAUGUAUGUGUAUAUAUGUGUGUGUGUAUGUGUAUGUAUGUAUAUAUAUGUGUGUGUGUAUAUAUAUAUAUAUAUAUAUAUAUAUAUAUAUAUAUAUAUAUAUAAUGUAUUAAGGCAAUUUGCCUGCAUUUGUGGGAGGUGCUGGUUUGCUACCCCUAGCCUACUUAAGGCACUCCCCUUACCUUGCUCCUUACCGUUCGAGGUCAGCGUUGAAUGAGGAUCCACUUCCGGGUUCUCUCAGACGCCAUCUUGGUUUCAGUAUCCACGAGGUUUUCACCAUGUUAGCUGUGUCCAGGAAUCCUGUUCAGGCCUUCCGCCCGUCCAGCUUCUUCUGACUCCGGUCUCCGUCGUAGAUCGCGUCCCAGGGACUCCUAAACUGUGAGUCAGACCUUCCUGUCACGCCAGGACCGGUUCCCACGGCGUACGGUACAGCAUGGGUCCUCGCUUUACCGCUUUUUCCCUGGUUAUGACACGAAUGUUUCAAGCCAUUCGCGGGCUUUUUCAUUCAUACGGUCAUUCGGCUGAACAUAGUUAAUCGUUCAAUAGUCAUUUCGCAUAUCCUAUUUCAUGUAAUAUUGAAACAAAUUAUCAUUCGGUUGUUUUGCCGUUCGGCAAAUUUUCACUUACGCUCAAACACGCUUUCGGUUCAUACGGUCAUACGGUUAAACUAUUCUAACUUCUGUGUUUCCCUCACAUUUGCUUUCGGCUUUUCUGUGUGUUCACGUAUAAUCCUUUCAUGAAUUAUAUUCACCAUUUCAUGUGUACAUAACAUUCGGUUAAGAAUUGCUUGUUUAAAUAGAUUAUUUUGAUUACUUUUAAAUAUUGUCAGUAUUGUAUUACGUCCACUAAUCAAGUCCACUUCUCUGUAUAUACCAUUUGACUCCCACGCUUUCAGGGGUCUGCAUUACUUAUCCAUUUAUACAAAUGGACUCAGCCUAUGUUACAGCCCUCACUUCUGGGUUAUUACUUCAACACAUACAAAGGAUAUAGGUUCAUUUAGGCAAUAAUUCUCGGGUUGAUACGUCUUUUCUAUACAAAUAUAUCAUAUAGAUAUACAUCUUUACAACUUUACAUCAUUUUAAAUCAUUUUGGGGUAUCCCUGCCUUUGGUUAUUCUGCUACAUAUCAUACAUAACGCUGUGUAAAGUAGGCCAUGACCUCAUCCAUGUCCCUUUCUAUAAAACCAGUUACAUUUCUGUACAGAUCAUUGAACUCCCACGCCAGGAGUUUUAUAACUAUCCAUUUCAUUUCAAUUCACUCAGCCUAUAUUACAGGCCUCAUUUCUCUGUCAUGACGAUGACACAUAAGGCUUAAAUCCUUUUUAUGCAUACUCGGGUUGAAUCACACGUACUGAUCCAACCAAUCCUACGUUCCCUGCACAGUCAUAUACAUAUGUAUAUAACCUACGUUUCAUGUUUUCCUUUACACACCAUUAUCACGUAACACAUAGAUUGUUUGUACAAUGGCCACGGCCUCCCUCGGAUGUCUUAUUCAAGCAUGCAAACAUUUCUGAGCCACUCAUAGCUAUUCCCAUGGUAUCAACAUAAUUUUACAUUAUAAAAUUAUACAUUACAUAAUAAUACAUUGCUGCUACAGACUAUAAGUCUGUUUCUUUUCACACUCCACACUCAUCAUACUACUCUCUUUUACCCAUUUUUAGGCUGUCAAGCUUAUAUAAUUGCUCCACACGGUUUAUUUCUGUGAUUUGUCAUACUACCAGGUACGUACACCUGCUCAUAUGGUAUUCUACCAUAAAUUUCAUUUCAUCCCCCUAGUUUAGAGUACUGUCAAUAGGGUCACAGGAUUCCCAAUAGGUAUUUACCCCGUCUUGGCUGUCGCCAUCAGUUAGUGGUCCCGCGAGGCCAACACCCCACCUCAAACGUUCCAGAGGCAAACACCCAUCGGGCCACACGUUAGCUAGCCGCCUCGCAUGUUGCAAAGAGAGGGCCUCACCUGUCACUCCCUUCCCCUGUUUUCUGUCGUACAGUCACCGAGAGGCCUAAAACUCCUGCCACUACGUCAAGUGGCCUCAAUAACCCCUCGCGCCAACGCAUAGAUAGAGCCUCUCAAGCCGCUUGGCAAUUAGCAGGGCCUCACCUGUUUACCAAACAAGUAUAAUACUUUCGCCAUCCGGCCUAGCUAGCCUGCCAGUACAAUUUGGUGGUUCUAUAUACUAAUUAUUGUUUUAUUUAUAGUAUGUCUCAGGAAGGGGUAGAGGAUUUCUCCCUGCCUAGCACCCCGGCUAGAGCUGUCACUCCCACACAAGAAGGAGAGCUAGCUAGUCCAGCAUCAAUUAGAUCCUGGACAAUCCCUCGCAUAACCACGGAAUUAAGGAGACGACAAAUCCCCUACCCCGCUACAGCAAGGAAGGCAGAACUUUUCAAACUGCUACGCACAUCAACUAAUAACAUGGAGGCCGGGGAAGGAUCUAGCCAGUCCAACCCAGGGGACAUACAUGCCAUGUUAUCCUCACUCAUAGCAUCCAUGGGCAAGGUCAACUCCAGGCUGGAGAAACUUGAGUCGGUCACCACGGCCCUCACUCUAGCAGGGCCACCCGCGGCUGCGGUACAAACACCAGCCUUGCCAUUAGUCGCUCCAGCCAGCACCCUGGAUGACCAGGAAGUUAGCCCGGCCCACAUGAUACCUGAGCAUAUCAAAAGGGAUAUCCUGGAAGGUAAAGACGUCAACCUGGCUUCCCUGUUGAUUGCCUCCCAGGACAUUGUGGAACAUAAGACGUAUUCUUAUGAUGAUGUUUCUGUUAUUGUCAGAUCUAGGGAUGCCCGCCUGAACAGGAAACUGACUAUCCCAGAAUUUGUACUAGCGUUUGGUAUUUACAGGGAUGUCAUCUGUGCGGUUUAUCCCAACAGAAGAGGAGUUUGAUCUCUAUAUGCACAAGCUGGUAGACCUGGGCAACAAAUAUGGUGGUUCAGCAUUCUAUGACUACCAUACGUCUUUUUCUGCAAAAGUGGCUGGAGCCUUCUCCCAGUACGGAACACGAUCCAACUGGGGAAGGAUUGAUACCGUCUUAUUUUGCAGACACUUUGCAGGUCUAAGAACACCAGCUUGUGCAUACUGCUCCUCCACAGCCCAUACUACUAAUUUUUGUCCCAACACGGCAGACGGACAUGCCUCCACACAAGGAACUAGUUCCUCUGGGGAUCCAGGGAAACUAUCCAAAGACAAAUUGGGACGCCCAAUCAAGUUUCUGGGCAAGUCCCAGAUAUGUAAUAAUUUCAAUGUUGGGUCUUGUAAUUACAGUGGAUGUAGAUUAUUGCAUGUCUGUUCAAAAUGUUUUAGGGCACAUGCAAAGACCACGUGUCCAAAUAAAAUGUAUUCCAAGCCUUACCUUACGUCCAUUAAUAUUCCAGUAUUCACAGCAUUGAUGUCUCAGCACCCAUCUAGACACCUGGUAGACUUUCUUAUUUCUGGUUUAACAGAAGGCUUCCACACAGGUAUCCUACACAUACCAGCUGGAACUCUGGAAUGCCCUAACCUACAAUCCGCCCAACACAACCCCACAGUGGUUGACACCCUCAUAGCCCAAGAAGUGGAUGAGGGCUUUGUAUUGGGGCCUUUUAGAACUCCUCCAUUCACAGAAUGGCGCACCAACCCUAUUGGUAUUGUCACAGGGAAAUCUUCCCAAAAACAGAGACUCAUCAUUGACUUAUCGGCUCCCCACUCAUCGGCCAACCCCAGUCUUAAUUCCCUCAUACCCUCUGAGGAAUUCUCUCUGCAAUACACCACCAUAGAUCACGGCAUUACAGAUAUCAUACAAGCAGGGGUUGGAGCCUGGCUCAGUAAGACCGACAUUACUAACGCCUUCAAAUUACUCCCUAUCCACCCCACACUGUGGCACCUGCAUGGCAUCAAGUGGUCCGGGAACUACAAUUUUUUUUCUCCCGGUUAACUUUUGGGUCCAAAAGUAGCCCAGCUAUUUUCAACACAUUUGCUGAAGCAUUAUGCUGGUUACUAUUGAACAUAGCUGGAUGCCCUACGGUAUUACAUUACUUGGACGAUUUCCUACUGGUCGAGGAGAAUACUGCACCUCCCACUAGCCUCAAAGCUACCACUAAGCUGUUUGAGCAACUAGGUGUACCCUUCUCCCCAAAGAAAACAGAAGGGCCAGACACGGUUAUCACUUUUCUGGGUAUCCAAUUAGACUCUGCCACAAUGCAAGCAAGCCUACCAUACGAUAAGAUAGAGAAUAUUCUCAUAGUGGCGGCUGCCGUAGCGUGGGGUCAUUUAUGGGCUAAUACGCCAGUGCGUUGUUACUCAGACAACCAGGCAACCUGUCACAUCAUCAACAAAGGUCGUUCCAAAUCUCUUACGAUCAUGAGAUUUCUGAGGAAACUCACUUGGUUGGCAGCUUGUCAUAAUUUCUUCCUAUGUUGUUUCCAUGUGCCAGGUGUAUAUAACACAGCUGCUGACAAUUUGUCUCGCUUUAAAUUUCAGGAGUUCCAUCAAGCACUCCCGUCAGCAGCACCCACAGCCACCAUCACUCCAACAUUUCAACAACUCAUACUGGACUAGACGUCAUCAUGCAGCAUAGCAGGACAUUGUCCCAGUUGGCACUUUCAAACAAUACAAACAAAACAUACAGCAGGGCUUUCACACUAUUCAAACGAUUCCUUCUGGAACAUAACAUCAUACAACCGUUUGUUAUGACAUCUUUUUGGGGUUUGCUUCCUUUUGCCACCUUAAACUCAAAAUGUCAUACAACACCAUCAAACUCUCUCUCACUGGCAUUCAACACCACAUGCUCAUCUUACACCCAAAUAACAACAGUUUCAUGGCCUCUCACCAAAUUAAGACCAUACUCAGAGGUAUUCAAAAAUCAGAACCCACACAUUUGGCCCAGAGGCUACCCAUAGAUAACCAUAUCUUCAAAGCAUUAUCUAACCUACUUGACCUAAAACCGUUUGACACUAAUACGAAUUCUAUCAUCAAAACAGCAAUAUACAUCGCUUUCUAUGGAUUUCUACGACCCAGAGAAUUCACUACGACCUCCACGACCCAAACCACUCCAUUCCUCCUCUAUUCCCACUUGACAAAACAUAUGGAUCAUUACAUCCUGUCUUUACCUCACUCCAAAACCAGCCAGCACAUACCUGUAAACAUUCCGUACUAUCCCACGCACAAAAGAUGGUGUCCCGUCAAGGUUCUUGAUGCCUACAUACAGCACCAUCACUUACUGCCCUCGCAACCGUUAUUACAACUACAAGGUGCAGUACUCACCACUACAACCUUCAUGACUUACGUCAGGUCCUUGCUCACACAACUGGGCCUCAACGCAAACAAAUACUCAGGACACUCCUUUCGUAUAGGAGCCGCGUCCACAGCCUCCAGUGUCAACAUCCCAACUCAUGUUAUCAAAACACUGGGGUGCUGGAAGUCAUCCGCUUACUCACGGUACAUACCGAACCCAGUACAAGAAUUAAGGGAUGCUUUCAUAAACAUGUCUGGUUGAUAAAUGUAUAUGUAUUGGUUGUCUGUUAAUAAAUUUGAUUACUUAAUUUUUGCCCUCUUCUCUCUCAGGCCUACCUCAUCGUCGGUUUCGGCACACCACAACCGACUUGCUCCUUUUAUCAUCCUACGCUUAUUCAUGGUAUUUCACACUGUACUAUCUUAAGCACCUAACACAAAUAUAUAUAUAUAUAUAUAUAUAUAUAUAUAUAUAUAUAUAUAUAUAUGUUGGUGUUUAACACAGACGUGUAUUUGUAUGUAGAUCUGAAGCUUGAAUGCAGGGGUGUAUUUGUUUGUAGAGUUAGCAUGUGAAUGUUGAGAUGUAUGCACACAUACAUCCACAAACACACAUGUAAAUAUAUACACACACUGAAACACAUGCAGACAUAUAUAUAUACACACACACACACAUAAACAACUUGGCACUUAGAUACACAACCUGACACACAUUCAGAUACAUAGAGAAACAUAUUAAUAACAUACAGAUCCGCAUACUGACAACAUACAGAUACACCGAAAUACACAAAGACAACAUACAGAUACAUAGACACACAUGCAGUUACACAGAUUCACACACACACAUACAGACACACAAACAUAUACUGAUAGACAUACUGACACAUAGACAGAUAUAUACUGAGAGACACACAGACAUAAUGACAGACAUGCUGACACAUUCACCAACACACACAUACUGACACAAAGAGCCAUACUGAUACAGACAUGCACACACUUAUCUAUAUAUGGACACACACAGACACAUACACUAACAGGCAUGCUGACACACACACAUAUACUGACCGAUAUAUUGACACACAUUCACAGACACACACACACAGGCAUACUGACACGCUGACACAUACACUGAAAGACAUAUUGACACACACAUAUACUAAGACAUACUGACAUACGUUCACGGACACAAUGACAGGCAUACUGACACAUACUGACACACACAGGCAAACAUAUUGACACACACACUGACUGACAUACUAGCAUACACAGGCAAACAUACACUGACAUACAGACAUAUACUGAGACAUUCACAGAUACACACACACACACACUUUACACUAUUAAACCUGCCCUCCAGUUUCCUACCUUGGAGGCUGGCUUUCCCACUGGUGGCUCGGCUCAGCCCAGACUCCCUCUGCUCUGCUUCUUCCUCCUCCCGCGCGCUCCUUUCUUUAUGGGAGGAGGUGACUUGCGGCCGUCACUUCCUCUCAGCCGGCUGUCGAAAAGCAAGAGGUCCUGGUCGCCCUCUUAAAGUGCCAGAGCGCAAGACCAGGCCCCUGCCGACAGAAGCCCACCAGGUGGCCCUCAGUGCAUGGGCCACCCGGUGGCCCACCUUCGUGUGCGGCUGCACCGCAGGUGGGAGAAAUGCUUGAGGGCCAGCGGGGCCCACAGUGCAGCUGCUUCGGCCACCCAGGAGUAACUGGGCCCGGGGCAGCUGCCCCGUUUGCCCCGUGGUAUGUAUAUGCUGCUUCACCCUAUGAAUCUGUUUUGCUUGAUUUAAAAAAAAAAAAAAUGCUAGAAAUAGACUUAGAAAAUGGGGAUUUUUUUUUUUUUUUUUAAAUGCAUAUAAAUGUUAGAUAAUUUGCAUGUAUAUUCGGUUUGAGAACAUUUCGUAAAGAGUUGUAUAACCUGUGUGGAACAUAAAAAUUGUGCAGAAUGAAAUUAUUUCAUCUAUAGUAAAUUGACGAUUCUGUAGAAACACUUGUUUUUCCUGUUAGAAACAGUGUUUGUUAGAUAUGCAGUGCUAAUUUGACCACACAUGACAUAUUUGCUUUAGAUUCCGGAGAAUUCACGCUGUAAACAGAUUUCUAACUGAGUAGCUGAUAUUAAAGUUCUUGUAGUCUUUGCGGCUUAAUGGUGGUAAAAAGCAGUGUAAUUAAAGGAACACUAUAGUCACCUAAACAACUUUAGCUUAAUGAAGCAGUUUUACUGUGUAGAUCAAGCCACUCAGGUUUUACUCCUCAAUUAACUGCCAUUUAGGAGUUAAAUCACUUUGUUUCUGUUUAUGCAGCCCUUGCCACACCUCCCCUGGCUAUGAUUGACACAGCCUGCAUGAAAAAAAAUGUUUUUUUUUUGUUUUGUUUUUUAAACUUUCACUCAGAUGUAAUUUACCUUAAACAAUUUUAUCUCUUGCUCUGUAAAUUGAACUUUAAUCAAAUACAGGAGGCUCUUGUGGGGUCUGGCAAGCUAUUAACAUAGCAGGGGUUAAGAAAAUCUAAAUUAAACAUAACUUGCAAUAAGAAAGGAUAAACUUUAGAUGACUCUUUACAGGAAGUGUUUAGGAAGGCUGUGCAGGGAGGUGUGACUAGAGUUCAUAAAUAAAGUGAUUUAACUCCUAAAUGGCAGAGAAUUGAGCAGUGAGGCUGCAGGGGCAUGUUCUAUACACCAAAACUGCUUGAUUAAGCUAAAGUUGUUUUGGUGACUAUAGUGUCCCUUUAACCCCUUAAGGACACAUGACAUGUGUGACAUGUCAUGAUUCCCUUUUAUUCCAGAAGUUUGGUCCUUAAGGGGUUAAGCUGUGAAGCUAUUGACCAUUUUGUUUGUUGUUUGUAUUGUGACAUUAUUGGAUUUUCUUAACCCCUUAAGGACCGAGGACGGUUCAGGACCGUCAUUGGCAUUUUUGCAUUGCCGACCGAUGACGGUCCUGAACCGUCCUAACGGUCCAAUGUACUUACCUGAUCGCCGUCGUUCCACCGGCGGCGAUCAGUGUUGCUCCCGGUGUGGGGAGACUGCCUGCAGCCCAGACAGUCUCCCCACACUGAAUUAGGACCCCUGUGGCCAUGUGAUCGCUUAACACAGCGAUCACAUGGCCACAAUAGGUGUCCAUGUGUCUGCCUGCAGGGGGACUGUCUGUGCUGACAGGCAGUCUCCCUGCUAGUGUAAAAUAAAAAAAAUAAAAUAAAGUUAAUGUUAAUUAAAAAUAAAAAAAAUUGUGUAUGUGUGUGUGUAUGUAUGUAUAUAUAUAUGACAUAUAUUAUUCUAUAUAUAUAGUCAUACUAAGUGUAUUUUUAUAUUAAUAUGUGCUUAUAUUAAUAUAAAAAUACACUUAUAAUUAAAUUACACACGUGUGUGUGUGUAUAUAUAUAUAUAUAUAUAUAUAUAUAUAUAUAAUAACUAUAUAUAUUGUGUGUGUAUAUAUAUUAUUAUAAAAUAUAAAUAAUACGUAAUUUAAAUUAAAUUAAUUUUUUUUAAAUAAUAAAAAUUAUAUAUCUAUAUGAAAUUUUAUUCUAACUGUAUUUUAAAAUUAAUAUAUAUAUAUUUAUAUCAAAAUACACUUAGAAUGAAUUUGUAUAUAUAAAUAAAAAUAAUACAAAAUAUACAUAUGUCCAUAUACAAAAUUAUAUAAAUAUACACGUAGACUUCAAAUAUAUAAAUAUGCAUAUAAAUUUAAAUUCUACGUGCGUAUUUAUGUAAUAUUUUUACAUAAUUAAGUAAUUUUAUUGAUUGCAAUUUGAGUGACCUGCCUGCCAACCCAGGCCAAAAGUCCAGAGAAUUUAAUUUGCUAGCACUGUAUUUUACCCUGUAACGUUCUACGACACCCUAAAACCUGUACAUGGGGGGGGUACUGUUUUACUCGGGAGACUUCGCUGAACACAAAUAUUAGUGAAUCAAAACAGUAAAACAUAUCACAGCGAUGAUAUUGUCAGUGAAAGUGACUUUUUUUGCAUUUUUCACACACAAACAGCACUUUUACUGAUGAUAUAAUUGUUGUGAUACGUUUUCCAGUUUUCAAACACUAAUAUUUGUGUUCAGCGAUGUCUCCCGAGUAAAACAGUACCCCCCAUGUACAGGUUUUAUAGCAUUUUUGAAAGUUACAAGGUCAAAUAUAUGGGUCAAAUAUUUUUACAUUGAAAAUGGCCAGGUUGGUUACGUUGCCUUUGAGAGCGUAUGGUAGCCCAGGAAUGAGAAUUACCCCCAUGAUGGCAUAUCAUUUGCAAAAGAAGACAACCCAAGGUAUUGCAAAUGGGGUAUGUCCAGUCUUUUUUAGUAACCACUUAGUCACAAACACUGGCCAAAAUUAGCGUUCAAUUUAGUUUUUUUACUUUUUUCACACACAAACAAAUAUGAAUGCUUACUUUGGCCAGUGUUUUCGACUAAGUGGCUACUAAAAAAGACUGGACAUACCCCAUAUUGAAUACCCUGGGUUGUCUACUUUAAAAAAAAUAUGUACAUGUGGGGUGUUAUUCAGAGAUUUAUGACAGAUAAGUGUUACAAUGUCACUAUUGAUAAAUUUUAAAAAUGUAUGUUUUGAAACCGCAAUAUCCUACUUGUACCUAUAGCCCUAUAACAUGCAAAAAAAAGCAAAAAAGCACGUAAACACUGGGUAUUUUUAAAUUCAGGACAAAAUUUUGAAUCUAUUUAGCAGUUUUUUUCAUUCGCUUUUGUAGAUGAGUAAAAGAUUUUUCAAGUAAAAGUCAAAAAACAUGUAUUUUUUUCAAUUUUUCAUCAGAUUUUUGUAUUUUUUUUAAAUUAAAAUACAUGAGAUUAUAUAAAUAAUGGUAUGUAAAGAAAGCCCUUUUUGUCCUGAAAAAAACAAUAUAUAAUUUGUAUGGGAACAGUAAAUGAGAGAGCGGAACAUUACAGCCAAAAACAAACACCACAAAAUUGUAAAAAUAUGCCUGGUCGCAAAUGAACAACAUCGCAAAAACAGUCCAGUCCUUAAGGGGUUAAUGUACCCAUACAAUCAUCCACUGGGUAUGUUGCACACUUCUACAGUAUUUCAGUCCCCACUAAUGUUUGUCAUCUGCCUCCUUUUUAUCUUGUAAUUCUUGCAUGCUGAGAUUACAACUUUUAUAGUAGUCACAGAUUUCAAAACCACUACACAAAAGUAUUUAUCGGCGUAUAACCCGCACCUCAUUUUAAGAAGGAAAUUUAAUGGAAAAAAAACUUAAAGGACCACUAUAGUGCCAGGAAAACAUACUCGUAUGAGCCACUAGAGGCUCUGGAGGCUGGAUUAACCCUCAGUAUAAACAUAGCAGUUUCUCUGAAACUGCUAUGUUUAUAAAAAAAAAGGGGUUAAUCCUAGAGGGACCUGGCACCCAGACCACUUCAUAAAGCUGAAGUGGUCUGGGUGCCUAGAGUGGUCCUUUAAAUUUCAAAUAAAGAACUUCUUACCCCCCUUUCUUACUCACCCCCUUCCCCUCUUCUUACUUCCCCUUCCCCUCUUACUCCCUUCUUACUCCUCCUCCCCUCUUCUUACCCCCCUUUCUUACUCCCCUUCCCCCUCUUCUUACUUCCCCAUCCCCUCUUACCCCCUUCUUACUCCCCCUCCCUCUUCUUACCCCCUUUCUUACUCCCCCCUCCCCUCUUCUUACCCCCCUUUCUUACUUCCCCUCCCUCCCCUUCCCUCUCCUCCCCUCUUCUUACUCCCCCUUCUUACUCCCCCCCCUCUUCUUACCCCCCUCCCCCUCUAUUUACCCCCUUCUUACCCCCUCCCCUGUAGCGUGGCCGAGCUGCUCUGCUGUCCGCGGUGGCCGGCCGGAGUGAUAGGAAGGUGCACGCUCAGUGUGCACCUUCCUGUCAGUCCGACCGGGUACAGGAAACAGAAACUCCUGUUCCGCGCUACAGCAGAGCAGCUCGGCCACGCUACAGGGGAGGUGAGAACCAACUGCAGCCGCCUGAGCGCUCUUCACAGAGCGCUCAGGCGGCUGCAGUAUUUAAAGGGCCGGCGUAUAACACGCACCCACAAUUUCUCCCCUAUUUUCAGGGAGAAAAAGUGCGUGUUAUACGCUGAUAAAUACGGUAUUUGUAGAGAGUACAUCCACUUGUGUGAUUGCAACAUGAGAGAGAGAGAUGUGCAUAGGGAAGUCUGUGAUUGUACAGCGCUGCAGAAUUUGUUGGCACUAUAUAAAUAAUAAUUGGACAGCCACAGAAAGUUUGGACUGGGCAAGAGGAAUAGGACUUGCAGAGGCUGCACACAAGAAUGUUUUGAAAGCGGUUUAUAAAUACUCACAAUGAAAAAAUGCUGCAAUAAUUGCAUGCAUGUUUUUAUUGCAGAUAUAUUUACUAAACUGUUAAAUAUAUGUUUGUACCAUAAAGUAUUCCUUUAAUUUCAUCAAACAUAAUGAUGGGUGUCAGGUUCAUGCCAUAAGAUCUUGUGAUUUAAUGGUGUACCCUAGAUCCUGUGCCCAAUCUCUUGUUAUAACACACUAUUUUAUUGCUAUGAAUGAAAUGUUUUAGAAAGUAUUAAUACUACUACAAAUGUGACCCCCUUUAAAACCAAGGAAGUGUCUGAAAGCUCCAAUCAGUUCUUUACCUUUCAUUAAAGCGACACUGUAGUCACCAGAACAACUACAGCUUAAUGUAGUUGUUCUGGUGAGUAUAAUCAUUUUAAAUGCAGGCUUUUCCAUGCAAACAGAGAAAAGGCAUUUUGUUUUCAGAGAAAAGGCAGUGUUUACAUUGCCCCUAGGGACAAGUCCAAGUGGCUACUCCUCAGAUGGCUACUGGAGGUGCUUACUGGCUCAAUGCUGUACAGUAGGCAGCAAUGCUGUUAAGCGUCUCCAUGCUCUGCAUGGGGAUGCUGAAUUUUCCUCAUAGAGAUGCAUUGAUUCAAUGGAGGUGCUGAUUGGCCAAAACUUUGUUUGACCCAGUCCCUUGCAGAUUUCAGCCAAUCCAAUGUUUUCCCCAUGGGAAAGCAUUGGAUUGGCUAAAAAUCGGCAAUUCUGAUGUCACCAAGGGGGCGGGGCUGGUGCCAACGGACCCGCACAGAAAUAAGGUGAGUUUUAUUAACUUUUAAAGGGUCUAAGGGAGGGCAAGUCACCUAUAUGGUGGGUUAAACACUAUAGGGUCAGGAAUACAUGGUUGUGUUCCUGACCCUAUAGUGUUCCUUUAAAAAAGGAAUCUGGCUUGCAUGAAUGUAUGAUACUACAUGCAGGCAUUUGCAGCUGUUCCUCAUGCUGCAUUCCGUGUGGAAGUCAAUCACCCAUGUAUUGCAUGUGUUGGCUGUCUACAGAGCAUGCACUGUACCCUUGUCAAUUUUCCUUAUAACAUUAAAGGCACACUGUAGUCACCCAGACCACUUCAGCUAAUUGAAGUGGUCUGGGUGUACUGUCCCUUUUGCACCAGAGAACUGCAGUGUUUACAUUGCAGCACUAAGUCAGACAGCCACUAGAGGGCUUCCUGUAUCGAAACGGACCUUUGGCUCAGUAAAUAAUGCUGGAUGUCCUUACAGACGUGCAUUAGUGCACGCUGGUCGCGGGCCAUCAGAGGACCCAACGCCUGGCGAAGGGAAAAGAUUAGUAAAUAAAGGGUUUUUAAGCCUUUAUUCACCAGGGCAAAGGGGUGCAAAGGAGGAGUAGGCAGAGUGUAAUUACAUGAAGGGGUGCUGCCCUGGAACAGCACUGUCACUUUAAAUGUGGGAACCCAUACAGCAGAGAAAUAAAUGCCAAGACACAAAUAAAUAGGAUAAAUCAAGAGAUAUAUAUUUACAGGAAACCAAAGGAAAACGCAAAACAAUAUAUACACACACACACACACACACACACGGCCACAAAAUAUAUACAGUAAAUCAAAAUUAGUACUAAUCAUGCAGGCAACAAAUACUGUAACAGUCCUUGGGUAUAAGGGUAGGAUUGUGCAGCUACCACGAGUAACAGGUAGGGCACAGAUCCAGAGUCACAAGACUAAUAUAGGGACAUCUGCAGGGACAGGAUCACUGGUAGUAAAGCCGGGACCACGGAACCAGAACACAGGACCGGAGGACACAACAAUGAAGGACCAGGAGGACACAGGACCAAGUCACAGCACGCAGAAGCCAGGAACACAGGAAACCAGGGAAACAGGAAACAAAAGGCAAUGAUCUGGCCAGGAGUGAGGGGAGAACCCAAACUAAAUAGGUGCUAAACAAGGACCAGGUGAAGUGCUUAAUAAAAGGAAAUCAGAAACAGUGGUGAGUAUGAGUACUGCACGAGGGCAAAUCGGCUAAGGAGUGUCGUGACACAGAGGGAGCUACAGUGCCAGGAAUACAGCUUUGUAUUUCUGGCACUAUAGUAUCCCUUUAAUGAGAGAUGUAAUUCAGAUGCACUGUACCGUCGCAACAAAUAUAGUGACAUACAACAAAAAAAUGUCGAGGAGACAAAGGGGUUGGGCAGGUAGAAAAACAUACUUUUCUUCUGUUUUACUAUUUUUACAAGCAUUCAUAAAUAUCUGGAGUAUUUAUCUCCAGGCUGUCUGUCAGCAUUUUGUUUGUUAGCAAUAUUUUUGACUGGGGGGCUGUUUUUGGUGUAUUUUAAAAUUAAUGAAUUGGUAACUAGUUCUUAUUCACAAAUGUUCUGGUAAAUUUUUGACUAAGCCCCCAGCAACUGAAAUUUCAAAGCAGACUAAAAACUUCAGGGGUGGUGUAGGAAUGCUGUUCAACUAGAUGUAGAAAUAGUCUGAAAAAAAAAAGAAAAAAAAUAUAUAAAUAUAUAUAAAGAUUUAUUACUUCUCAAGUUUUGGCAAGUCGAUGGUCAAUUUAGCAACAAAACUCCAACAAUGUAAUUAAAGCAGUAAGUGACAUGCAUUUUACAUUUUUGUUUUCCAGUAUUAAAGCCGAUCUAAGUCUAGCUUAUUCCACAGAAUUGUGGAUUGUCAUGUUUUGCAAAUAAUACAUUUAAAAAACUUUUUUUAUUUUCACACCCAUUCCAGACAUUUAUAAGUCAUUAUUUAUGGGAGGAAAACAUUUUUUAAAACUAGAAAUAUAAUAACCAUAUUUGGAUGGCUGGCCAGGCUUUAAAAUGUACAGUCAGCACAAUGUUUCAGACACAUACUGUGAGGAGAAAUGCUGGUAAAAAAAAAUAGCCCAUUCAAAGUAUGUGACUGAUCGCUGUAAAUAGUAGCUACUCAAAAUGACUGUAUCAGAAUCGGGAAAAGUGUAAUAUAUGCUAUAGAUUUACUGUGCUUUGAGGGGUAUCUGCUACUACUCACAGACAAAGCCUACGAAGGCGGAAAUGAUUGUCUGUGCUUGCUGUAUCUCUCAGAUGGAGCCGGCCUAUAUUUUGGAUUUGUAUCGCCCUUUUUGUUGGGAUCAGUAUGAUAUGCAAAUGGUUCAUGUAUUCUCUAUAAUGGCACAAGAUGAGCUAAAACCAGCUUGAAAACCGACGAGAGACACACUGAAAGCAAGCUAUUUUAGCCAUUGUCCGUUCUCCGUAUUCUCUUGUACCCUGUUUUUUUGCUCUCGCUAUAGACUUAAAAGGACUACUAAAGUCACACUUCAUCGCAAUAAAGAUGUACCUUUAACACUUUAAUGUAAAACAUUGCUGUUUACAUUAAGGGGUUAAGCAAGCCUCUUGUGGCCAUCUUCCAGAAUGCAACAAGAGGCACUUCUGUCUAUAACUGAAUAAAACUCAGUCUUGCACUCAAAUGUUGAUUAGAGGAGCGCACAGCUGGCCAUGCAUGCUCUCACCAAUUCAAUGCUUUUCUAUGAAAAUGGAUUGGGCGAGAUCGUGGGUGACAUCAGUAAGUUUGCUGACAUCACCGGAGGCAGAGCUGGAAACUGCAGUAGAUGAGUCUCGGUGCUUGAUCCUAGGUGAUUUAUCCUUAUUUAAAGAUGCUGGAUCUUUAUUUAACUUAGGCCUCGAUUUAAUAUUGUUGGAUAAGAUUAAUAUUUUUAGAUGAAUUGAAAAAAUAUUUUGCCACUUAAUUUUUUUAAAUUAUUUUUUAACAUUGUUUUGAUAUUCUAAUAUGUUGAAAAGGUCAUCUUUAAAGGUUUAUCCAACAAUUUAACAUUGACGCCUUAAAGGAACACUAUAGGUUUAGAAACAAAAACCUGUAUUUCUGACCGUAUAGCGUUAAAACACGUUCUAGCCCCCUGACUCCAUACCCCACUUGACCCCCUAAAUAUAAUAAAAUCUUACCUUUACUCCAGUCUGCUGGUGCUUGCUCUGCCCUUGAUCUGUUUCCUUGGCUGACAUCAUCAUAAGUGAUGAUCUAAGCCAAUCACAAUACUUUCACAUAGGAAAGCAUUGUUUUGUCUGAUAUUGCCAAAGAGGUGGAGAGAAGCACCACCGUGAUCAAUCCGCAUCUCCUCAUAGAGAUGCAUGGAAUCAAUGCAUCUCUAUGAGGAAAAUUCAGUGUCUCCACUCAGAAAGUGGAGGCACUGAAUGCUAGUGCUGCACAGUGUUCAGCACUUUCCCAAUAAGUCAUCUGAGGAAUGGCCAGUGGAGGUAUCCUUAGGCUGUAAUGUAAACACUGCCUUUUCAGGCUUUUUAUUAAAAAGCAUGAAGGUCUAAUUAUAACAAAUACAAUAACCUUUAGUUGUUCUGGUGACUAUUGUGUCUCUUUAAUUUUUACAGUGCAAAAGGGGUUGAUCACAUUGCAAGAAGGGAGCAUAUUGUCCUAAAAUAAGAAUUGGAAUUUCGGGACUAAAAAUGUAAUUAACUUCCACUGAAAGCAAUGCUAAUUUCUGGAGGGGAGGAGUAAAUGCCUUCAUGAGCACUUAUUAUAAUAUAAUUUCACUAUAACAGCUGCCAUCCUAAAAAAAUAAGACAGUGCAAAUCAUUAAUAUCCUAUAAUUCAUAAAUUUUCUUAAAUGUAAAAUCACCCAAAACUUUUUGAAAGUAAUAUCUUUUAAAGUCACAGUGAACUCAUUUCAAACAGACUACCUAAGUAAGUCCUUACUACUGAAGUCAAUGUGGGUUCCAUGCCUCCCAAUAGUUUUGUAGGUUAUUAAUUUUCUUGGACUAUGUAAGACACAUUUUCUUCAAUUCCAUCCUAAUGAAUGUCAUAUGCUUUCUUUCUACUAAAAACUACAGCAUAUACAGUAGAAAAAAUUCCCAGAUGUGGUCAAUAUAAUUUAAUUUAUUGGAUUUCUGUUUACCACAGCUGUUAUCCUUGCAUCAAGGGUUAAAGAUAAAAGCAAAAUAAAUCCAGUUCGCUAAAGGGACACCAAAGCAUUCAGACCACUGUGGUGGUUAUGACGGUAAGGAGGCUUAACCUUUUUCAACCGUUUACAACUUACCUAGGUCCCACUGAGCAUGUCGACUAUGUUUAACCAAUGCACAAGCCAAUUCACAUUAGCAAGAUCGUUCCGAGCUGGCUUAUAAAUAUUGCCACUGGUGGAGUUAUACUGCCGGCAUCCACAUGAAAUAACUCUGUAUAUGCACAUAAAGGGUCUGAAGUGGUCACUGGUGUGGAGUACCCAUUAACAAUGACUAAAUUACAGUUGUCUAACAUUUUCUAAUUCACCCAGAAGAUUGUCGAAUUUUGAAAAAAAACGAAUGCAAUUUUUAAUACAUAGCAUUUCUCCUAUAACAGGGUUACGCCUUCUGCUGAGAGAGACCUAGUAAGACAUGUCGUCUUUUUUUUUUUUUUUUUACAUUUGCGUUGGCUUCUUUAAGUAAUAGGCGUACCUUCUAUAGACCCAAUACUACUUUGUUUAUGCCAUUAUGUACCAAGGCAUCUAAUAUAUGUAUUUAGGGGUUCAUAUUGCAGUUUGCCAAAACCUUAAAUUUGUAUACCAUUUUUAUUAAUUCCAUUUGUUUGUUUCAGGCUGCAUCAAAGAUGGUCUGGGAGACUCUAUGGACUUGGGAUCUAAUGUCACAAUGAGGACUCACACUCGGGGGGCCCCCAGUGUGUUUUUUAUAUGCCUGCUUAGUUGCUUUGUGGUUCAUGCUGCAGAUGAGGUCACAAACGCACAAAUUCCUUUCAUCAAUGCAAAAUAUGACGGCUACCCCAUGCUCUACUUUUCAAAGGGUGAGGUGGAAAACCUGCGUAUACAGUCAACAGGCAGCCAUCAACACAUUGCAUCUCGCAUUAAUGAGGCUGUUCACACCAUGCUGACCAACCCAAGUGAAUAUCUCCCACCUUGGGACCCCAAAGAGUUUUCUGCUAGAUGGAAUGAAAUAUAUGGCAACAAUCUUGGCGCUCUUGCAAUGUUCUGCAUCUUGAAUCCAGAAAAUACAGAAGCAAUUGGCUUGGCCACAGAAUACAUGGAACGGAUGGCAGCUCAGCCUAGUUGGUAGAUUUUUGUUUUGAUUUUGUUUUUUAAUGUUGUUUGUUUAUUGAUGUUAUGUGACUGUGCCAGUGAUUAUAUGGAUAGGUGUGUGAAAAAGACAUACUGAAAAAUGUAUAAAAUUGUUCCAUAGAGAAAACUGGAGCAAAGUUCUAAAGAUGGCGCUUUUCUUGAAAAUCUUCGUUUCACUUUUCAGUUUUUACACCAUUCUAAAUCUUCUGGUUUUACUUUAUAAAGCUUUUUUUGUCUAUAGAGCUAAAAAUUUAUUUUCUUUUCAUCUUUAUAAACUUCCAUGAUCUCUCAUGAAUUUUUUUUUUUGUUUUGUAGCUACAUGAUUUUUGGCUUUCACAAAAUACAGUUGGAAAAUAUUGCUUUAUGUAAUUAAUCCAUUAAUGACGUUGGGACUUUUCAUUAGAUCAUACAACUUGUGAGCUUUAAAAAUGUUUGGGCAUAAUGACACGUCCUUAGGUUUUGGUGUGGUCAGGGUUAAAUGCCUUCUCAAACCAGGGAGUCUCGGAUAUCAAUUGAUUCCUGGGGCUCCUCUCUGUCAUGUGGUGCCAUAUUUACUGGCCUCAGGCUGACAGAUGAACUAUAUGCAGCGAAGUAAAGGCUGCAUACAGCUUUUUAAAAUCAGAGUUACUAAGCAGAUCACCCUCAGACAUUCUUCUGCUGCCAUCAGUCCAAGGGAGACCCCCAAAGUUCGCCAAUUCGGCUUUCUCAGCUGCCCAGAAAUGAUCAGUGUGAUUGGCAGGGUACACAUGCUGGAGGUUCAGUGGUUAAUUUUGGUUUUCAGCUAAUGCUGUUUUAAGGUUAGGAAUAGUGUAGGGUUAGGAGUAAAGGUAUAAGUAAAGGAUUAGAGGUGGGUUGGUAUAGGGUUAGCAUUAACUACCAAAAUUGUAUUCAGAUCAUAGACAUUUAACAAUAAGGACUGAUAUGUGAAUAUAUUUUGAGUUCAUUUUUCUUAGUUGCACUGGAUGUGUAAAUAUGAUUAUUAGCAAACUGUUUUUGUGUUUUUUUUUGUUUUUUGUUUUUUUUAUAUAUAUAUAUAUAUAUUUUAUUCACACUUAAUCUUGUGUUGGGUAUAAAUAUAGGAUAUUAAAAUGGAGGAACUUAAAGAGAAACCCUUAAUUUUUUUUUUUUUUGCGUUCAUCCUUCGGGCUUAAAUAAUGUGUAUGUAGGGAUGUGAAAUGUUAUGCAUUUGUACAUGCAAAAUAUGUAAUUUUUUUUUUUUUAUUGAGAAAAUUGUUAAUGGGGCUACUGUUUUAUAAACAAGAUUGAACUGUGAGAUUAGAUUAUUUUCCCUUAAUAAACACUUAGACAUUAUACAGUGCCUUUCAAAAGUAUUCACCCCCCUUGACUUUUUGUUACCUAUUUUGUUACAUUACAACCUUAACUUCAAUGUUUUAUCAAUCUAAAUUUUAUGUGAUGGAUCAGAACACAAUAGUCUAAAUUGGUGAAGUGAAAUGAGAAAAAAAUAUAUACGUAAAACUAUUUUUUAGAAAUAGAAAACAUAAAAUUGGUAUGUGCGUGUGUAUUCACCCCCUUUAUGAAGUCCAUAAAAAGCUCUGGUGCAACCAAUUACUUUCAGAAGUCACAUAAUUAGUGAAAUGAUGUCCACCUGUGUGCAAUCUAAGUGUCACAUGAUCUGUCAUUACAUAUACACACCUUUUUUGAAAGGCCCCAGAGGCUGCAACACCUAAGCAAGAGCAGGGACGUAUUAGCCGCGAGGCAAACAAGGCAUUUGCCUUGGGCAGCAUUUUUCAAGGGGCGGCAAAUGCCUUGCGGCUAACUGACAUGUUGGGUGCUGGCGGGCGGCUGGCGAGGGAGCUCUUCCUCUGAGCGGUCUGCUCAGCUCCCUCCCUCGACGCAGAGUGAGGCUGGGAGCCGGAAUAUGACGUCAUAUUCCAGCUCCCAGCUUCACACUGCGGCGCGCGAGGGAACUCGCCGCCCGCCUGCCUGCCUGCCCGCCCGCCCAGCCUGGCAACCACUGGACCCCCAGGGAGAUAAUGAACCCCUCCCCUCCCCCCCCAGCACUCCCAAAGGUAAGGAGGCUGGGGGGGGGGGUUAAAUAAAAAAAGUGUUAAUGUGAGUGUGUGUCUGACUGUGUGUGUUUGUGUCUGUGUGUGUUUGUUUCUGAGUUUUGUCCUGCCUAGGGCAGCACAAAACCAGGAUACACCACUGAGCAAGAGGCACCACUAACCAAACACUGCCAUGAAGACCAAGGAACUCUCUAAACAAGCAAGGGACAAUGUUGUUGAGAAGUACAUCUCAGGGAUAGGCUAUAAAAAAAAAAUAUCCAAAUCUUUUGAUGAUCUCCAGGAGCACCAUCAAAUCUAUCAUAACCAAAUGGAAAGAACAUUGGUACAACCGCAAACCUGAAAAGAGACAGCCGCCCACCAAAACUCACGGACUGGGCAAGGAGGGCAUUAAUCAGAGAAGCAGCACAGAGACCUAAGGUAACCCUGGAGGAGCUGCAGAGUUCCACAGCAGAGACUGGAAUAUCUGUACACACGCUCCAUAGAGUUGGGCAUUAUGGCAGAGUGGCCAGAUGAAAGCCAUUACUUUCAGCAAAAAAACAAAAUGGCAUGUUUUGAGUUUGCGAAAAGGCAUGUGGGAGACUCCCAAAAUGUAUGGAGGUAGGUGCUCUGGUCUGAUAAGACUAAAAUUUAAAGGGACACUCCAGUGCCAGGAAAACAGUCUGUUUUCCUGGCACUGCAGGUCCCCUCUCCCUCCCAUCCCCAGUUGCUGAAGGGGUGAAAACUCCUUCAGUCACUUACCUGAGACCCCCGCCGAUGUCCCUCGGUAGUUUCUACUCGCUGCCACUCCUCCUCCUCUUCCUUAAGUCAGCCGUUGGGCGAGACUGAUCCCGCCCGCCGGCUGAGGAGACCUAAUGCGCAUUAGAGCUCUCCAUAGGAAAGCAUUGCUUUCCUAUGGGGAAUUGAGUGACGCUGGAGGUCCUCACACAGCGUGAGGAUGUUCAGCGACGCUCUAGACAUGGAAGUGCCCUCUAGUGGCUGUCUAGUAGACAGCCACCAGAGGAGGAGUUAACCCUGCAAGGUAAUUAUUGCAGUUUAUAAAAAAACUGCAAUAAUUACACUUGCAGGGUUAAGGGUAGUGGGAGUUGGCACCCAGACCACUCCAAUGGGCAGAAGUGGUCUGGGUGCCUGGAGUGUCCCUUUAACUUUUAGGCCAUCAAAGAAAAUGCUAUGUCUGGUGCAAACCCAACCCAACACAUCACAUCAGGCCCGGACUGGCCAUCGGGUAUACCGGGCAAAUGCCCGGUGGGCCACGAUGGCCGUGGGCCGAGGCCGGCAGGGGAGAUCACAGAAUCUCCCCUGCCAGCCCCUGCAGGGCCAGUGCUAUCCGAGCGCCAGCCCUGCUGUGUGCCUCCAUGGGCCGGUGGGGAGAUCAAAGAUCUCCCUCACCGACCCAGAGGCAAUGUUACAGGAGGCCGCAGGCUGGGGAGUGAGGGAGGCAGGAGAGGACCGGCGGAGCUCUAACCAGCAGCUCCGCCGGGUCCUCUCACGGGAUUCUGAGCGUUACCACGACAACGCUCAGAUCUCGCGAGAGCAUACUCAAGAAAAAUGCCAAGGGGGUGAAUACUUUUGCAAGGCACUGUACAUCUUUGAUAUUGCAUGAUUUUAUUAAACAAAUGGGUUAUGUCUAGGUUUUUUCUACAUCUUAGAUCAGCAGCAAUACUUAAAGGAGCACUAUAGGGUCAGGAACACAAACAUGUAUUCCUGAUCCUAUAGGGUUAAAACUACCAUCUAGCCCCCCUGCCCCCUCAUGCCUCCCUAAAUCUAGUAAAAUCUCACUUGUAUUCAAGUCUGCAGGUGCUUACUUUGUCCCUGUUUCCUUUAGACCUACCCACUGCCUGCUGACAUCUUCAGAAGUGGUAUCCUAAUCCAAUCACAAUGCUUCCCCAUAGGAUUGGCUGAGACUGACAAAGAGGCAGAUCAGGGGCAGAGCCAGCACAAAACACAGCCCUGGCCAGUCAGCAUCUCCUCAUAGAGAUGAAUUGAAUCACUCACCAGGACAAAUUCCGUAAGCAGUAGUUGUUCUGGUGACUAUAGUGUCCCUUUAAAUGGUCUAGCUGCCUGAGAUUGUUGGGAGUUAGUCACAUUAUCAACUGCUCUUUGCAGCUGAUAUACCUAAUUAAAUCCCUCUUAUUACAAAUCUGUUUAAGGAGCUACAGGGGCAGUGUUCUUUUCUCUUUACAUGCCUCUUCCUGCAUGUAACUAAGGGAGCUUAAUACCUGGAGCGCAACUCCCACCAAUCACGACAUAUCCUGGCACUUUCUUCAGAUUGAGUUCAGCACUGCAGUUGUACUAUCCACAAUUCUGUUGCCAGAACAAGCACAUGGCAAAGUGAUGCAUUAGGCUUGCACAAUAUACAUAACUGAAUUGCAAAAUCCAGGCCAAAAUAUCGGACUUGGAAACAGCUGAAUUGGAGGAAUUUUGCAAGUCAUCUAUAUUGGUUUAAAUUUGGGAAUUCAGAUUCAGUUAGUUACAGUUCAUUAUUUUGUAAACAAACCUUUAUAGGUAUAAAUUACCAUAAACAUUUUAUGUGCAUCAGGUUAUUUAUCACAAACUGAUGCCAAUUUUAUAUGUUCGGCUAAAAUAGCUUCACUAGUCCACAUACUGUCCCUAGAUUCAGAGUCAACACAGACAAUAAAACAAACAGAGUAGUGAUUAAUAGAACAUACUAUAAAUAAUAUGUACACUUAAUAAUACAUUUAGACAUUACACAGUAGAACCAAUAUUCUACAAUGCAUCUAUAUAGCCUAUAGCCCCCAAUCAAAACUAAAAAUAUCUAUCCACAAUAAACCAACCAUACCUCAUCUCAAUGAUUGGGUACUUUCUGCCAUGCGUUUUACUUCUGCAUUAGGAAUAUAAAAGUAAAAAAACACACAUAUUAUAAAAGCUAAAAACAAGUCCGGUAAUAAAAAAUGGGUCACUUAAUUGCAGUUAGGUUACCAUCCCUGCUGUCUGUCCAUCUGGUUUUAUAUUGAGAAUUGAUCUUUAAUUUGAAAACGUUAUUGCUUCAAAAAUAAUUUGUUACGAACAACCGUUAAUUCUGCGGCAAUCUGCCAACUAGUAAUCUGUAGAACAAUCAAUGUAUUUGUAAUCCUGGGAUAAAGUAGAACUCCAUUUUCUAAUCCCUGAUUCACAGUUACCUCCUUUUUUGGCUAGCUUUGACCUAACAAAUACCCUGUACUUAGUGCUGGUUAUACUAUCUUGAGAAUGACCGCGACUACAGCUGCUGCUGUGAUGAGCGCUUUAAUAAGCACUGCCUGAUGUGAGAUAAAUUGACCUUUACCACCACUCACAGCUGGCAUACAUGUUUUUACAGCCAACACCUCCUUUAAAAUGAAAUCUUAAUGACCUGGAAAGGCGAUUAACUGUGAAAGUACUUGAAAUAUUCUUAUUAUGUAUUUUAUUUCCUUUACUGUAAAUUAUCUUGAUAUCUGAGUGCAGUGAUAACAAACAGGCAGAAUGACGAAUGGAGAGUAUAAUGAAUAAAUGCAAGCCUUUUUUUUUUUUUUUAAAAGGGUGUAAUCCUAAACAAAUGCAUUUAUGUUCAUAAAAAGUAGUAUUUAGAGAAGCAAAAUGAAGGCUAUCACUUCCCAUAAUUUUUUUAGGUUUAUGUUUUUUUUUUUGUUUUUUUUUUUUUUAAAUCCCUUAAAUAAAAAAGUAUAUUUCUGUGGUUUGAAAAACAAAAUUAUAUACCCUACCACAAAACUGUUAACGAGACAAAUCGCAAACCUCAUACGGCCACCAACACAGGUUUGUCCAAACGAACCGGGCAAAGGGAAUAAGACCAAGACAGAGGUCCCUGAACCCCACACUACUGCACGUUAAACGCCUAACCAACAGACCGCACCAAGACACAGUUACUUGUUCACAACACCUUGAGACGCAAAGACACACGUGUGAAAUUACUGUGCACCUGUACAAUUGUGGCUGUAUCACCCCCUCCCUCCUUCAAUUCUGUACCCUAAUGUUUCCUUUUUCCACACCGGAAAACAACAAAUAAAGAAUGUUUAAAAAGAAAAACAAAAUUAUAUGUAGAAAUCAAUUCAUUUAUAUCCCGUAAAUGGGCACCAUUUAAGGUUAUUCGAAAAAUAUAAAUUUUGGUAUUUCGUCAUAACACAGAUUGUCUCGCUUCCUUUCUUCUCUAUAUGCUUUACCAUCUAGCAGUCUGCAUAGGAGGGAAGUGAGAAAAUCAGGAUUAUCCCCCUAGAUAUUAAAUUUUGUCUGGUUGCUUUCUGGUUUAAAGUACUUUUUGCAUCAUAAUUCUAUGGAACGUAUAGGAUCUGGGACUAUUGAGAGGUAUAAUAUAUGAACUUGCCUCGUUUUAGUAAAUAACAUUUAUUUUCUACUGGUAGUGACCAUUUCAUAUUUUGUAAACUCUUUUUAUAAAUUUUAAUUUUUAAUUUUUUUCCUGUGACUUGUAGUUUGGUUUUCUUUCCAGAAUCCGUCCCGAACAAUCUGUCAUAUUUGGAUAAGUUGUGGCAUUAUUUCAUUCGUAUUUCUUCCAUAUUGUCACCACUCCCCAGUUUUCCUCCAAUAUCCCAUUUGUUUCUAAGAAACCAUAAAUGUUUAGUAAGGACUACAAGCAGAACAAAUAGAUGUCAUGUCAUAUGUGAUUUGAUCAUAAUCCCCCUGGAGAAAAAUAUCUGCAUUGCUAUUAAUGGUUUAACUCUCAACUCUGUUUUAAAAGAUGUAUGAGAGCAUUAUAUAAAUAUAUAUUGUGUGUGUGUGUGUGUGUGUGUGUAUAUGUGUGUAUAUAUAUAUUUAUACACAUAACAGAUUAGAAAACAAGUUUGUAAAGUGAUCUUUUACCAAUUUUAAAGAUCUAGUGAAAACACAACAAUUUUUUAAAUUAUCCAAAGCGUAAAAUAAAAAAGCCCAAACCGUGCAAAAUAAAUAGAGAAAGGUUGAAAUAACGGUCAUGUAGAUUUGUUUUCAUUUACAAACCGUUUUUAAAGAGAAGCUAUAGAAAAAAAGAACGUAAGGCAGGUACCCAAAAUACAAGUGCGUUUAAAAAUACAAAAUAACAAAUAAUUCAGAAACCACUAAACGCUCAAUACCGACAUGCUUAGCUGAAAUCUCUGGGACUUCUAAGAUGAUAUUGUGUUCAUUGUACAUGUUAAAUAAUGAUAGUAAAAAGAAAAAUAGAAUUUUGAAUGCUCCUAUAGCAUGUGCCAACUAAUGAUAUGGUAUGCACUAGUUUAUGAAAGGUACCUCAACCACCAACACACUUGUGUUCUCUGCAGGUACAUGAGUACACAGUCUAUCUAAAUCCUAGGAUGAUGGCAUCACCCUGAUAAUGGGAGAUCUGAAGGUGUAUUUGUUUUUCAUUUGAUCUUUUCUUGGCUGCACACCUCACCACAUUAAGCACUUCAAUUGCAUGUCAAAGAAAUGACAAUUUUGCUUUAAUUUUGUUUCAAGGCUUAUUUUUAAAUCUCCUUCAGAGAAGCCAAGACUAUAGUACACUUUUUAAAAGCAGGAGAAUAAUACAAUUCACAUGGCUUACUACUGCUGUACUAUCUGUACAGAAUGCUUAGUCUGUCAAGUCAUGGCAAUUAGCCAACACAUUUAAAUUUUAACACUCCUUUAUUUAACAAAGUUUUACUCAUCUAGACAAAUUUGCAUUUUGUAUUUUCAUAAAACGUGUAUCUACGUGUCUCUCGUAUCUCAACAUCAGACCGCCAUUUAUCUCAGUAAAUGUUAAGAAGUGCUUAAAGCGUAGACCUUUCUAUCUAAAUCCAGAUAGUUUAUGUAUAUAUGUGAUUUUUGCUUUUUGGGUCUUUUUUCCCUUUUUUAUUUAACAUAAAUACUAUAAGUCAAGAGAGAAAUCAUUCAUUUUGUUAUGUGGUGUCAUGUUCUAAUUUGUUUUUAAUAUUUGUAUGGCACUUUAUGAGCCCCUGCUUAAAUGCCCAGGCCAUUAGUCUGCAGACUGGCUAUAUGGGUGUCCUCUAAAUAGAAAAUCUCUAACCAUUGGUUAGUACUUUGUCUGUCUGUUAAUUGCAAGUGAUUGCUAAUGAUACUGACAAAAAUGACAACAUCCCAGAACUCUAAAUUACUGAAAAGGUUACAAAAAAGAUGUGGAGUGUGUUAUAGGCAGGGCUUAAACUGUGUGGUCUUUCUAGAUAAGGCAAACCACAGGUGUCAUGUUUCCUAAUACAACUUCAGGCAGCUACAAUUCUAAGAAAGAUGACGAAUGGCCCAGGAAUUCAUAAUUGAGCUGCUCCCUGCAACCUGGCAAAAGAGAACAAAAUGAAAGACCUUCUGAAUUUGACUAUUAAGCUCCACUGAACUAAAGAAUUUGGCAAUAGUGCUUGCCCAUAGUGCCUUUUUUGUCGCCUCCUCCAUACAGAUCCCUUUCACAAGACUACCAAUACUUCUCAAUGAGCUGUGAUAUCGGUCUAGACUGCAGAGGCUGCUUGAUGAGAACCUUCUUAUUGGUCAAUUUACUGGCACAGACUGGAAAAGAGCAAACCCUAGAUGAAUAAACAAGAUCCUGAAUUCAGGACUGUCCCAGCAACCCCAGGACAGUUAGGUGGAAUGUGUAUAAGGCAUUCACUUGACAACUAAUUCUUCAGAUUAAAAAUAGCUCCAUGGCCAAUUCUUUAAUGGUAAUGUGUAAUACAAUUUCACACAACACUCUCAUUUUUAAAUUUCCAUUGCAUUGGUGAAGGCAAUGCUGAUAAAUAAUGAGUAUAUUCCUUGUUUGCAGCUCCCUGGAGCCUGAUAAUGUUGUACCUGCUACAAUCCAUAAAAUCGCAUGGACACCUGUUUGUAAAUAAUAGUUACAGGUGUAUAUUUAUGCCUGUAGUAUCAAGUCUUUUUUUUUUUUUCUACAUUGUAGAGAAUUCACCAUAGAAUUGAUUAUUUAAGGCCAAGAUAGCCUAGCUGGAAACCUAGCUGACUUGUUGUAGUUUGUGUAUAUAAUUGCACACAGAUGUGUGUACAAACAUGUGUUAGUCACCUUAUCAGGCCAACAAAGUAGCAGUGUAGAAGUGGGGGAUACUACUAUUUUAUUUAUUUAAAUCAAUUACUGGUGUUUCUUUACAUUGCCAGUAGAGGUUUAUUUGUCCUGUGCACCCCCCAGCUCCACUGCUCCAGGGCAGAGUUUGAGCUCCAGCAGAGGUGUAGACUAGAGACUCUCUUAAUGGACCUCCAUGAAUUCUGCCACCAAGAGUUCCCUCCUCUGAGCCACUAUUGAUUGUACCCUCUCUUGCCAAAAGGUAUGCAGAAGGGGGGAGUCAUUUUUUGCCCACCACACACACUUAGCCACAGGGUCAGUGCAAGGAUUUUUUGGUACACAGGCGAAGAUGAUUUUGCCCCCUCCCCCCCCCCUUUUAAAAGCAUCUUCAUCCGCAUGCCUCUUAACCCGCCUUUUGUUUGUUAUCCCCUUUUUUAAACGUCUUACCCCCUUUAGUUUAUCAUAUCCCCUAUUUUUCCCCAUUGUGUGUCUUAUACUUCCCUUGUGUAUCUCUUACAACCCCCUUUGUGUGUCUUACUCCCCCCAGCCCUUUGUGUGUCUCCUUCUCACCCAGGCCCUUUGUGUCUUUUACUCUUACUAGCUCCUUUGUGUCUCUUUCACCCCCAGCCCUUUUGUAUUUCCACCCCCAGGCCCUACUUUGUGUCGCAUUCAUCCCCAGCCCCCCUGUGAAUCUUCUCACCCCCAGGCCCAUCUAUGUGUCUUUAUCCCUACUCAGGACCCCCUGUGUGCCACUCUCCCCUCCAUGUCCCUUAGUGUUCCUCUCUCCUCCCCUUCCUGUCCUUUUAGUGGUCCUCUUCCCUAUCCCUUAGUGUUCCUCUCCCUCCAUAUCCCUCAGUAUUCCUUUCCCCUCCUUUCCCUGUCCUUUAUUGUUCCUCCCCCCGUUCCUUAGUGCCUCUCCCCUCUCUUCCCUGUCCUUUAGAGUUACUUUCUCCUCCCCACUUGUCACUUAGUCUUCCUCUCCCCUCUCUUCCCUGUCCCUUAGUCUUCCUCUCCCCUCCUUACCUGUCUCUUUUUUUAAUGGUUUUCCCCACCUCCCCUAUAGUGUUUUCCCCCUCCUCCAUAGUGUUCUCCCUCCCCUCCCCUGUCCCAUAGUGUUCUUUCUCCUCCUCCCCCAUAGUGUUGUUCUUCUCUCCCUCCCCUGUCCCAUAGUCUUUUUUCCGACCCCCCCGUCCCAUAGUGUUCCUUCCAUCCGUCCCUUAGUGCCGCUCUCUCCCCCGUUUGGUCCCCGUUGUGUUUCGUGUACCCGGCCGGACUGACAGUGAGCACUUUCUUCCAGUCCGACCGGGUACAGGAAUCAGAAGUUCCUGUACCGCGGUGAGCACUGCUCCGCUCAGCCAUGCUAAACUGAGUGCCUGGCAGGAGGGAGCGCUGUGCACCCACCUCCUGCCGGCCACUCUAAUCUAGCUCCCCCCGGGCCGGAUUGCCCUAAGGCGGCCGCUUGUGCUGCCUUAUGGAAGCGCCGGCCUUGCUUAGCCAUGACACACAGCCACAGUCAGCCAGCCACAGAAGCAACACAUAGAACAGGGAUCUUGGUUUGUAUUAUUAUUAUUAUUAUUAUUUGUUAUACAAAAAAAAAAACUUUAAUAAAAAUUAUUUGAAAAGAACAAGGAUCUUGGCACCAUUCAGGCAACCGUGGGUGAUCAUAAUCUGGCUCUGAUUACAUUGGAUACUAGUUUAAGCUGGGAUGACAUAACAGAAAGGCAAGAGGAGCACUAUAGUAAAAUUAAAAGUAAAACAACUUUUCUUCUAAUUUUACAUGUACAUGCAAAACUAUGUGGGUUCAAUGACUGUCUACAUUUUUCCUGUUGGUAAAACGUGUGUUCAUUAUGGUACUAUAUUUAAGGGGGUUUUAAUUUUAAGCAAAUGUCUACUUUUGUACAAUUCUUUUUUAUUUUUAGUUUGCACAGAUGAGUGGGAUGACGUUCAAAUGGACUAAAAUCCACAUCUUCUAGAUAAUUACUGAUUGCAGUUAUUUUGGAGAUUUAAUAUGGAAAUGUUACGCAUGUUAAAAUUUUAAUAGUCAAAACAUGACAUCAAUGAAUCUAUGAAAGCAUACUUUCCAGAGUCAAAGCAUGCCAAUUUUUAUUCGUGUUUGGUUUAGUUGCUCAUUAUUUUUUUCCUGUUUUGCUUUUUUUGAGAAGCUUUUUCUUUGUUGUGUGGUUUUUUUUUUUGUUUUUUUUUUUUUUACUUCCAUUUUGUUUAUCUUGACUCUUCAACAGUUAUCUUGAUGAUGAUGUCAAACUUUAACCCCUUAAGGACUGAGCCAAUUGUACAAAUUGUGAUCAAAACAAAAAUCUGGAAUUUGUGCUAUAUUUCUGUUCAACCGUAGCCUCUUUCAUAUUAAGUGCACCCACACUUAUUAUAUAUCAUUAUGUUGAGGAGAAACCGGGCUUUCAUUUCAUAUCAAAUAUUUUUAUAUAUGAAACAUAAUUUAAUAUGAAUACAAUCUUAAAAAGUAUGAGAAAUUUUAUUUUUCAAGUAAUGCAUGACAUUUUAACUGUUGUCAUAAUACUGUUGGAUUUUACUGAAAUAAAAUACACAUUUGUAUUCAGAAAUGUCUCACGAGUACAACAGUACCUACCACCGGUUUUAUGGGUUUUUGAAAACUUACAGGGGUCAAAUGUAGGGCUUUCCCCUUUUCCAGGUUUGCACAUUGAAAUCUGCCCGAUUUGGUUUGCUGGGCCUAUGUUGCCUUUGAGACCAUAUGGCAGCCCAGGAAUACCAUUUGUAAAAGUAGAAAACCCAUGGUAUUUAAAAUUGGGUAUGUCCAAUCUUUUUUUAGUCGCCACUCCGUAACAAACCCUGGCCAAAAUUAGUGUUUAUAUUUGUAUUUUUUGCAUUUUUCACAAUUUAUAUACUGCCAUUUUACCGAUGAUAUUAUCAGUAUAAUACAUUUUACUGCUCUAAAACACUCAUAUUUGUGUAGAGCGAGCAUGUCAAGCCCGCGGGCCGCAUGCUGCCCACAAGGACCGUCUUUGCGGCCCGGCGAGCCCCGAGUACAUGCUGGUGUUAUAGCAAAGUAGGCACCUGCUUUCCACAUAUUUCCUACUCUGCUAACACUUACCUGGCUGGGGAGGAGGGCCAGCGAGGGAGCUCAGUGUUCCUGCUCCUCACUGCUCCCUCGCGCGCCGUCUGCAGUGAAGCCGGGCGCUGGAAUAUGACAUCAAUUGGAGGCUGUGUUAGCGCUGCAAUGUAAACAUGCCUUCCUCACAAAAGUAUUACAUUAUAAAGCAGUUUCUUGUAAAGAUACAUAUGUAGCCCGUUUAACCUUCUAUGAAAAAAUUAUGGGAGUAUCUUCUUUGGAAAAUGCAUGGGAAAGAAUAAAAGCCAUUUCUCUCAUACAUAACAUACGUUUGCCACUUGUAAAUGUGUACUAGGCUGGGUCAUGGUAACCACUUCCAGUUCACUAGAAUUGAGUCACCUAAAGUUGAUGACCCACAUUUUGAAAUCAGUGUUACACAGAACUGAGAAUUCUUUUUAAUAUGAUGUCAUUUAGUAAUGUAAAGGGACGCAGUUUGUGGCUCAUAUAGUUUACUAUUAAUAAUGAUAGUCAACAGUCAGAAAUAAAUGUGUGUGGUCAUCAACAGACUGCCCUGCAAUACUUCUAUCUGUUGUUAUCCAUACUAUAUGUAAAUAUAUUUGACGGUAUGCACUAUAAUGAUAUAAGGAAGCCUAAAAGGAAAGAAUAAAGAACACAAUUUAGAGCUGUACAGUUAUUUAAUUAGGCAGGUUUUACUAGCUGAUUUAAGUACAAGAUAACUUUCAAAGGGAAAAGUUUCCAAAGAUUGAGGGAAGUUAUUAUAAAAAAUAGAUGUUCUCAUAAUUGCAGAGAUCAAAUGUAUUGUCUGCAGAUGGACAUGAAUCCUUUAGAUUAAUCUUCUGGGAAGGUUAUUUUCCUGUCACUAUACUUUUGUUUCUUUCAAGAUGUUAAGGACAUUUAUGCAAGGCUGAUCCCUCAAAUAGACCUCCUAAAAUAACACUUAAUUUCUCUAGUGGCAUGGCAAAUUCAAUUAGUCAGACUGAGUUAAGUGUCCAUCGCUGCUUUGCUUAACUUUCCAUGUAAGAGACGGUGUAUUGUAAACAAAAACCCAGUUAUCACUUAGACAACGUUACAAAGUUUAUUGGUGGAAGCAUCGGGGCACUCUGCUGUGCCAUUUUCAAUGUUUAAUAAUUUAUAAAGUUAAACCGAUAUUUUCUCCCCUGCCCUUAAUUAUUGUUCAGUUAGGCUUUGUCUUCAUUGACGGUUUGCACGAACGGUUGUCGUUUGUCUAUUUGAACUGCAUUUAACAUUGGAAAUAGACCGGCCGCACAGCCAAAUUCUCUGGAAUUGUUUUGGGCAUGAAAUCAUGCAUGCGGUCGGUCAAAAGAGACUUCCACAAAACGACUUUAACCCCAUGGCAAUUUGACUAUGUUCGUGGGAUCUGAGCGCUGUUCGGAUAUAUUGAGCGCUCAGAUCUGAGCUAUCUGGGGAUAGGUUAAAUGUGGGGGUUCGGUUCUAUGGAAUAUGUUAUGUACAGGAGAUAAUUGAGUUUACUACAGUUUCUUAAGCCAAUCAUCUCCAGGAUAGAAGGGAGGGAUUUUACGGUGUAUGUGGGAGUGUAAGACGUUGUAUUGUUUUGAUUGGUUUGUGUCCUUUGUGUGCCUGUAUACCAUCAGGUCCAGGGGGUGUGCCGCUGGCCUGAGGAAUUCUAUAAAUUGUGAGUGCUUGCUUCCAUUAAACAGACCUGCUUACCCCUUCAUGAAGUCUUGGCUCAUGUUUAGGGGAUUGGAGACCUACACUCUGGGGAUUGCUAUGAUCACUAUACUCCACAGAGUAUCAUCACUAGCUCUUGUAAGAGCUGUUCUUGUUCCUGGUUCCUGCUCCCUGGAUUUAGGAGAGGUUCACCCACUGGAAGCUGGAGCUCGGUCUUGAGUCCAGGGUGGGUGGAGGACGGCGAAACCCCAGACCAAGCUGCGGUGGUUCGUGCGGUUGGCGGUGGUUAUGGUGUCACGUGCGGUGCUGAUGGUCCUUAGCGAGCACUAGAAGCAUCAUUCGACAGAGGCACCCAGUCAGGGUGGCAGGCUUUCCGUCCAGGGGGACUGCUGGGCUCUCAAGCAGGUCCCCCCUGACCAGGAUCGCUGCAGAUCACCGGUCCUGGUGAGUGUAAGGCGGCAAGACGACGGCUGGGCGUAAUAUGUCGCCCUCUGACGUUUAGGUCCACCCUUUCAAGGAGUGCAUAGUACGCCCACCGUCCUUAAGAGGUUAAAAAGAUUUACUAAUUGUAUUUGUGUGCAUGGCAGUUCUUUGCUGUUAACAGUUGCUUAAAGUGAACCUCUUAUGAAAUAAUUAACUUGACUGAAAUCUGUCCAAUUUACAUUGAAUAGAUAUAUCACAAAGAUGCAUGGAGCAUUUAAUGUAAAAUACAAAGAUUUACUCACUUUUCCUCUGUCCCAGCGCCAUUUCGUGAAUGUUACUCUGUAACAUCAACCUCCUGGUUGUAAUCCGCUUUGCCUGCACUACUCCUGAAGUCUUAUUUGUCCUGCUUGGACACAUCUCCAAGCAUGGCAAAUCGAGUCAGUGAUGUUAGCACGCUGGCUUCGUUGUCUGCAUUGGAACGGAGGGAUGUCACUGUGUUCCUAUAUUCCCUUGUUAGGCAUUUACUACGGUGAGAAUUCAAAAUGAAUUUGAAAAUUAAGGCUAGAGUAGUCAAACUGAAAGCAUAGAUUUAGCGGUCUGGUGCUCCAUGCAAGAUCUCACCAGUUUUGACCUUAAAUUUAAAAUUCACUUUAUGUGCUCACUUUAGUGAAUAACUCUGUUAGACUAAUAACAUACAUGAAGUCUGCUGUAAGUACAAAAACAUUUUAACCCCUACGAAGGCCUCCAUUUAAUUGGAGCCAAUCAUCUUUAUCAAGAGUUUAUCAGCACCCUAUAAGCCAUUUAUAACUUUGAAGAGAUUAAAUAGAUGCCAACAAAGAAAUAUUGGGCACGUACAAGCCAUUCAAUGAGAGCUCUCUGACUGAGCUUUGACGGCACGGAUCCCUUGAGUUUGAUAUCUCAACUGAUUUUGGUUAAAGUACAAGGGUACAAAAACAUGUAAAUGGAUAAUAGUAGGUGCAGAAACCUACACGUACUAGCAAAUCUCUUACCAGGUGCUGAAACUAAUAAAAGUAGAAUAAUAAAGUUGGAGCAUAGAAUUAGCGUUCUAAAUAUAAAAUGUGGUAAAAAACAUCAAAAUAUAUGGGUAAUAAGAACCACUAAAAAUCAGAUAAAACAGUAAAAUGCACAUAUGGAAGUACAAGAAACUUAGAGUGCUUGUAGCAGCAUGCGUAAUAUAAAUAGAUAUGUGUUCUCACUAGGUGGCAGCCUUGUAUCAUAAAAAUCCUCCUAGGGGGGAUAAUAAACUAAACAAUGCGUUAUCAGCAAAAAUUAUCCUUAGAAAUCAAAUAAAAAUAUGUCCUUUGAAAGCAAAUACAAAUGUGUUGACAUUUAGUGAAAACUUCUGAUAUAUAUGUAUAUAAGUCCAAAAACCAGUAGGAAACCGUAAUAGUACAAUGCAAAAAAAUCCAAUCGACAGUCUCUGGAUAUCAAAGUUCUUAUAGUGCAGGGGAAGUUGGUACCAAUAUCACAGCCAUCACAGUGUGUUACUGCCAAGUAAAUCUGACCGCAGCAAUUAUAUGUCAAGUGGUAAAUACGAUAUAACCAAUAAUGGUAUGAAUCAGUACAAGCAAGUAUGUCGGAUUGCAGCAGAAAUGAACAGUUACUCAUAGACAACCUUGGCAGGUCUAUGGUAAUACAAUAUUCUUAAUGGUCUGGAAAUGAUGAUAAAAAGCUGAUAGUACUUUCUGUUAAAACCUUCACAUUUAUUGAGAAUAAAAGUUAAAAUACACUAAUUUUACUGUUUUAUCAGUGUUUUAGUGGGUCUUAUUACCGAUAUAUUCUUAUAUUUUGAUCACUGUUUUUUACCACACUUUAUACGCCGUUCAAAAAAAUAAAGGGAACACAAAAAUAACACAUCCUACAUCUGAAUGAAUUAAAUAUUCUUCUGAAAUACUUUGUUCUUUACAUAGUUGAAUGUGCUGACAACAAAAUCACACAAAAAUAAAAAAAUGGAAAUCAAAUUUUUCAACCCAUGGAGGUCUGGAUUUGGAGUCACACUCAAACUUAAAGUGGAAAAACACACUACAGGCUGAUCCAACUUUGAUGUAAUGUCCUUAAAACAAGUCAAAAUGAGGCUCAGUAGUGUGUGUGGCCUCCCUAUGUGCCUGUAUGAUGCUCCUGAUGAGAUGGCGGAUGAGAUCCCUCAGGAGACCCCCAAAGAAAUGCCACCCCACACCCAUUACUGACCCACUGCCAAACCGUCAUGCUGGAGGAUGUUGCAGGCAGCAGAACGUUCUCCAUGGCGUCUCCAGACUCUGUCACGUCUGUCACAUGUGCUCAAUGUGAACCUGCUUUCAUCUGUGAAGAGCACAGGGCGCCAGUGGAGAAUUUGCCAAUCUUGGCGUUCUCUGGCAAAUGCCAAACGUCCUGCACGGUGUUGGGCUGUAAGUACAACCCCCACCUGUCGACGUCUGGCCCUCAUACCACCCUCAUGGAGUCUUUUUCUGACCAUUUGAGGAGACACAUGCACAUUUGUGGCCUGCUGGAGGUGAUUUUGCAGGGCUCAGGCAGUGCUCCUCCUGUUCCUCCUUGCACAAAGGCGGAGGUAGCGGUCCUGCUGCUGGGUUGUUGCUCUCCUGCGGCCUCCUCCACGUCUCCUGAUGUACUGGCCUGUCUCCUGGUAGCGCCUCCAUGCUCUGGACGCUAAGCUGACAGACACAGCAAACCUUCUUGCCACAGACUGACUUGGAGUUACAUUGUGUUGUUUAAGUGUUCCCUUUAUUUUUUUUGAGCAGUGUAUUUAGAGCGUUAAUUCUAUGCUCCAACUUUAUUAUUAUUCUACUUUUAUUAAUUUCAGCACCUGGUAAGAGAUUUCCUAGUACGUGUAGGUUUCUGCACCUAUUAUUAUCCAUUUAUUUCUCAACACUUUUAUGGGGCUUUUCUUUACUAGUCGAGAUCUUCUACCUGUCACCCUCAUUAUUCCUACCCUUUAUUCUUUCCAUUUUUCCCACUCUCUAGGGCUAGUGCACUCUGCCCAUUAUAUACAAAAACGUGUAGACUGCUCCUGUAUAGUAUAUCACUACUUCAUAUCCUUGUUGCCAUAUGAUUUAUAAUAAAGAAGAUUGGUAUUUUUCAUGGGUUGGUAUUUUAUAUUGCAUCUCGGUUGUUGCUAUUUGUUAUAUUUUUAUAUGAGGGUAAGAGGGGCUGGUAGGAGCUUACUGUGUAGUAAGUAGGGGCCUGUUGUGGAGGGCUGACUAAGGACUUGGGGACCCUUAGCCAAUCCAAAGGGCGGACAUUUGCCUACAUAUUUGGACAUGGGGGUCAAUGGUAUGUCCACCUCCUAUUGUUAUUUAUACCCCCUGACAAAGCCUAUGGGUGAGGGAGGUGGACACUAAUAUAUCCAAGCCCUCAUUGUCAUUAAUAGAUUCUCCAACCUACACCCUGUUCCAAAUUAUUAUGCAAAUUCUAUUUAAGUGUCACAAAGAUUAAAUAUUUUGUUUUUCAGUUUAACUCAUGGAUGGCAUUGUGUCUCAGGGCUCUUUUGAUCACUGAAAACAAUCUCGGACACCUGUGAUAAUUAGAUUGCCAGGUGAGCCCAAUUUAAGGAAAAACUACUAAAGGAGGGUGUUCUACAUUAUUAGCAGAGCACCAUUUUCAUGCAAUAUGGGGAAGAAAAAGGAUCUCUCUGCUGCCGAAAAGAAUGAGUUCAAUGCCUUGGACGAGGUAUGAAAACAUUAGAUAUUUCACAAAAACGUAAGCGUGAUCAUCGCACUAUUAAGAGAUUUGUGGCUGAUUCAGAGCAUAGACUGGUUCGUGCAGAAACAGGCACAUUGAGGAAGAUUUCUGCCAGAUCCAUGCAUCGGAUCAAGAGAGCAGCUGCUAAAAUACCAUUACAUAGCAGCAAAUAGAUAUUUGAAGCUGCUGGUGCCUCUGGAGUCGCACAGACAUAAAGUUGUAGAGUCCUUCAGAGUCUUGCAACUGUGCAUAAACCUUGUAUUCGGCCAGCACUAACCAAUGCUCACAAGCAGAAAUGGCUGCAUUGGGCAGAAAAAUACAUGAAGACUAAUUUUUCAAACAGUCCUGUUAACUGAUGAGUGCCGUGCAACUCUGGGUGGUCCAGAUUGAUGGAGUAGUGGAUGGUUGGUGGACGGCCACCCUGUUCCAACAAGGCUGGAACGUGGAGUCAUGUUUUGCGCCGGAAUCAUGGGAAGAGAGCUGGUUGGCCCCUUUAGGGUCCCUGAAGGUAUAAAGAUGACCUCUGCAAAGUAUGUGGAGUUUCUGACUGACCACUUUCUUCCCUGGUACAGAAGGAAGAACUAUGCUUUCCGUAAAAAAAUCAUCUUCAUGCAUGACCAUGCACCAUCUCAUGCUGCAAAGAAUACCUCUGCAUCAAUGGCUGCUAUGGAGAUAAAAGGAGAGAAAGUCAUGGUGUGGCCUCCAUCCUCCCCUAUCCUCCCCUGACCUCAAUCCUAUUGAGAACCUUUGGAGCAUCCUCAAGCAAAAGAUCUAUGAGGGUGGGAGGCAGUUUACAUUCAAGCAGCAGCUCUGGGAGGCUAUUCUGACAUCUUGCAAACAAAUUCAAGCAGAAACUGUCCAAAAAUUCACAAGUUCAAUGGAUGUUAAAAUGUAACGUGACCUGUUAAAAUGUUUUAAAAUGUAAAAAGUUAACAGUUUGAUUGAAAUAGCUUUUGAUUUCAGUAAAUCUGCUGCAAACACAACAAAUGACAAUUUUCAGUUCUUUACAACCUAUAAAGUGUUUUGAAACUUGCUGUGCAUAAUAAUUUGGAACAAUGCAUUGUAAGUUUUUUAUGUUUAAAAAAAAUACUGUCGUCAUUAGGAGGUUUGUUCAAUAAAAUUUGAAUUGAACUCUUAAUAGUUGAUAACAUGAGAAUUAUGCUGACUGUUAUUUACAUCAAUUAUUUAGGUAAAUGAGAAAAAUAUAAUUUGCAUAAUAAUUUGGAACAGGGUGUAAAGCCCAUGCCUAGGGAGUAGGACGAUGAACAAAGGUAUAUCCACCUGCCCUCCUAGAAUGUUAAAUAAAUAGUUGCGAUAAGCCUCCCAAGGGUUGCGGAUGCUGGCAUGUCCCUCUGUUUAUUAAUUAAUGGCCCCCAAUCAUGGUCUAUGGGUGGGGGCAGGGAUGGGAACCAUUUUCUGCCCUCCUCCUCCCCAAUUUAUUUUUAGAGUGAGCCCUCACCUGGUGCUCUUGGUUAGAGGCAAUUUAGUCCUCACUCCACCUCCCAUGCUUCAGUGGGGGCAAGUUAUAAACAGUAACCUGUUCACCACCCCUCCCCAUUAGUUAAUUUAAGCAAUUUCAUCCCUUUUUUUCCCCCCAAUUUAUUUUCAGUAGUAGCAUCCGGGUGUAAUUACUUUUUGCCCUUUUUUGGGUCUGAAGAAGACUUCUUCUGAAGCCAAGUAUACAUUUUUUCUGACGUGUUCGAUUUAUUGGCUCCUUACUAUUAUGGUGAGGGAAGUAAGUAGGACAGUUUUUAAAUUGGGGUUAGCUAGGGGUGACUAGCCACUUGAUGGUGAAGGCAAUUGGCACUUCAUGCUAUUGUCCACCUUCCCGUAUCACAUUUAAUAACCCCUCCUCCCCCCACGCAAAGCCCAUGUCCACCCUACCAUUAAAAAAUACAGUCCCUACCUACUGCUCAUGGGUAAGGCCUGGGUGACAUUUGGUCCCUGUGUUUUAAUUAGAAACUCCCACCUGCUGUGUAGGCUAUGGGGUUACAGUGAUCCUUCCAUCCCCCAUUAUUUAUUUAAAGCCCCCACCUAAUGCCCAGAUAAAGAAUGCCCAGUAGCUAGUUUUAGUAGACAUAUACCCACCCAUGGGAUAGAUAAAGAUCUUCUUUGUAGUAAUAUGGGGGUUAUAUUGCCCCUCCUCCACUCCCCAUUCCCUGCCACUGGCUUAAUUUUUUCAUUAUUUAUUUUUUUAUACUUUUUAGUGUGGCUGGCUAGCAAUCUCUAGCCUAAUGCCACAUGGUGAACAUUUGUGUUGUGGAGGAUUUCUGAAACUAUUUGCCCACUGGCUGCCAACUCUGCCAGCGGACAAAUAGCGUGGAUUUUUUAAAACCAAUUCAAACCCUAGAUUUUACCAAUCCUGGCCCUGAUUUCAGCCAUUUGGCAGUGUUCAGUCUAACUAAAAUCUGGACCAAUAUAAGGCUUGUUUGUUGCCGCCUCUGCAAAAUCCACACAUUGUUACAUAGUGUGAACAAAGUACAUCUUUUGUUUUCUGAAUUGCUCCGUACUGCACCACAUGGUUUUGCGCCAUACGGUAUGGGACCAUUCAGUCUUUAGUGAAUUACCCUGUGUGAGUCUACUGGAGCUACAUGCAGUUUCUUUCUUUACCUGGUAGAGAUACUCUCCAAUCAGCAGCAUCUUAUUCUGGCCAUUGGGGUCAGCUGCAGUAAAUGGGAUAAUGUGUGUAUCUUGAAAGAUCAGUUCCACUCUUUACAUAGGAUGAAUCGUACUGAUCUGUAAAAUAACAUUGAUUAUUGGAUAGUCUCUGGACUGCACCAUCAACUUUGCAAGUAGGCAAUUAGGGUGCUAAAAGUGACCCUUUAGUUCCCUGUAUUCCUCUUUCAUUGCCAGAUGUAUUUUGUGCAAUAUUUUUAGAGUUAAAUAAAAUAUGCUAGAAUAUGUUAAGUAAAUUUUUUGUGAACCAUCUUUCUCUACAGUAGUAGUUGUGAAGUAAUACUCAUUUUUAUGCUGUGAAAACAUUUAGUGGUUGAGGAAAGGUUUUAAUUUUUUUUUAGCAAAAGACUUGAUUAUAAUUAUUAUUUUGGCCACAGGCUCUGUUCUGGGCAUAAGUUGCAAUGGAUUUGUGAAAGGGAAUAGACACACUUUUUUAAUAUGUGUUCACUUUUAUCCCUGCUAAAAGAGAGUAUCUAUUUUGUAUUUUAAAUGUAACUCUUAAUGACCUAGUAGAAAUUCACCCUUGGUUACUAUUGACCCUCUAGGCUUGAAGUGGCAAGUAACUUGAAAAUUGAAGCCCUUAGCUAGGGUUAUUAACUAAAGUGAGAAUUGUUGGGAAUUGGAAGUGGAUUUCAAAUUUUAGGCCAAAAUAGCUGAACUUGAAGCUUUGUAAAUAUUGUGUAAAAAUUCUCCAAGUGAGCUAUCGGGUAAAUAACCCUGAUAGAAUUCUCAACUCGAAUUUUGAGAUUGGCAAGUUUUUCAUUUAGAAUGUCUUCUUGGGAUCUCUAACAACAGCUAAGUGGAAAAAAUAGUGAUAGAAAUAAUCUUAACAAACAUGUAUACACAUGUCCGCAUAAAGUAAGAUUAAAGGGACACUAUAGUCACCAAAACAACUUGACCUUAAUUAAGCAGUUUUGAUCUAUAGAUCAUGACUAUGAAGUUUCACUACUAAAUUCACAGCCAUUUAAAAGUUUAAAUUAAUUUUGUUUCUGUACAUGCAGUCCUGGCUACACCUCCCCUGGCUGUGACUCACACAGCAUGCAUGAAAAAAUGGUUUCACUUUCAGUCACAUGUAACUUACUUUAAAAGUUUUUAUGUGCUCUAAAUGUAAAACUUUAAUCACAUUUACAGGGUCCUGUAAGAUAUAAGAAAUCCUAAAUUAUACAGAAUUUGCAAUAAAGGAAGUAUAAACAUUAGAUGACUCUUUACAGGAAGUGUUUAGGAAGGCUGUGCAAGUCACAUGCAGGGAGGUGUGACUAGGGUGCAUAAAUAAAGUGAUUUAACUCCUAAAUGGCAGAGAAUUGAGCAUUGAGACUGCAGGGGCAUGAUCUAGACACAAAAACUGUUGCAUUAAGCUAAAGUAGUUCUGGUGACUAUGGUGUCUCUUUAAGCUUGAGUAUGCUUACAAUGUAAUGCCCAUGACAGCUAGGUUUUUACUCCUGCUUAGUCUGCAUUCUGCAAUUCCUGUCAACUCUCAAUUAUUCACUAUUAUUCACUAAAUUAUGAGCCGUCAGGAAUUUUAAACCAAAAUAUUAAAGCUGGAGUUAGAGCAAAUUUGGAGAAUAUUCACAGUUUGACUACUGGCUUAAAAUGUUAAAUUUCCUGAUAAAUUGAUAAAAAUUUCUCUCAAAAAUGUACUUUAGGUACCAUCCCUCAGGGUUAUUCAUUAUAGUUUGAAUUGUAGAAUUCAAAAGUGAAUUACAUUUUUCAGCACUAUAAGAAUUUUUUUUUUUAACUUGGCUAUGUUUUCAAUUUGGCUAUUUUGGUCUAAAAAGUUUGAUUCUCAAUUCGCUUAACCUUCUUGACAACCAACACUGUAGUGAAUAGUCCUGUAAAUGGUAUACUGAAUUCUAAAGACUGAAAGGUGUGGGUUUUUUUUUUGUUUGUUUGUUUGUUUUUUUUUGGUACAAAUUUGUUCUCUAUACAAAACCGGAAAAUUGAUUAAAAUUAGGCAGGGUAUUUAGAAAUGGUAAAAGUCAUGAGAUACAUUAUCUCUGUAUUCAUAUAACCCGUGUUUCUCCUUUAUUUCACAGGUUAGUGAAGGAUGCCCCCUGGGAUGAAGUUCCCUUGGCACAUUCUCUGGUUGGUUUCGCCACUGCAUAUGACUUUUUAUAUAACUAUCUUAACAAACACCAAAAGGUGAAGUUUCUUGAGGUCAUUGCCAAUGCAUCAGGAUACAUGUAUGAAACUUCAUAUAGGCGAGGAUGGGGUUUUCAAUAUCUCCACAACCAUCAACCCACCAACUGUGUAGCCCUUCUUACUGGGAGUCUGGUGCUGAUGAAUCAAGGUAGGCAAAAAUGCUGUAAUACAGUUAUGUGGAAAAGACAGUCUGCUGGUAUUCAGUGCAUUCAAUACAAUAUUCUAACAAAUAUCCAUAAACCGAUAUCCUGGAGGCCACGUGCUGUUUGUUAUUUUGGCUCUUAUUAAAAUGAUAGAGAUAUGAAUUUUACUUUUUUAAACUCAAAGUUAGCAGAGCAGACAUGGAGAAAAACUGAAAUAGAGGAACUUGACUAGAAUCGUGAUGGCUAGUCCCACUAUAUCUGCAAUCUUUUUACUGGUUUAUGUGUGCUAACCUGCUAAGAUAAAUCCUCUACACAUUUUGUUCUUGAAGUGGGCAAGUGACCCGAGGUUGAAUAUUUUCACAAUGUUUCUGUAUGUUAUUAAAAGUGUUUAUACUCUUUUACAGAUAUUUUAAAAAACUACUCUGUGCCCCAAAAUCACUAUGCCAUGCCAUAUUGGUUAUAAUGCCCGGAGUCCCCUGGCACCAUUCCAUGGUUCAUAGUUAAGCAGUUUUCGAAUGGUUUGACACCCAAAGUCCCCCACCUUCUUACUAUAUUGCUAAAGCAAACGUUCACUACUUUUGCAUUAAUGGACGUCAGUUCUGGCCAUAUUUUGAUGGAAUAAAUUGGUUGAGAUUAUGCACCAUUCUAAUGAUGAUGUAAAAACACUACUCUUCAUAAAACGGUGCCUCUAUAUAUGGCAGAAAAUCUAUGAGGAAGGGUGCCAACCAUUCCUGGUUUAGUGAAUAGCACUUGGAAGAUAAUAUGCAUGCAAUAAAAUACGUAAAAACUGCCAUCAAUCCCUCAAUAUCAUGUUCUGCAUUGUUUCUUUGUUCUUUAAAAAAACAAAACAAACAAAAAACUUAAAUUAACUGUAAGCAAUUCAUUGUUUUAGUGUUAUUUAGUAAACAACAAAUUCAAGAGGGAAGUGCAAUUUUAGCCCAAAAUUAUUCAAUGUAGCCUUGUUUCAAGUUAAGCUAUUUUUGGGUAAGAAUUAAAUCCCCUGAAAUCCAGGCAGUUCAAAGAUUUCCAUCUUUUUACACAAUAUUUUCUUAUCAGAUUCACAGUUUAGGAGCAGUUACGUAAAUUUGUAGGAGUGUUUUUUUUUUUUUUUUUACAUAUAAUUUAAGACACUGUGUCGCAUCACACAUAUGUCAUGGUCAACGAAUUCAUUUCUUUAAUGUAUGAUCCUUUUCUUGUCAUCCUUUUUAUGAAAUAUAUGCUUUUUCUUAGGGUACCUGCAAGAAGCCUACUUCUGGACAAAGCAAGUAUUGACUAUCAUGGAAAAAUCCAUAGUUCUGCUGAACGAAGUAACUGAUGGAUCACUGUAUGAGGGAGUGGCCUAUGGCAGUUACACCACCAGAUCUCUCUUUCAGUACAUGUUUAUUGUUCAGAGGCACUUUGACAUCAAUCACUUUAACCAUCCUUGGCUUAAAGAGCACUUUGCAUUUAUGUACAGAACAGUCCUUCCAGGUAAAAUAUGUGGUUGUCAUUACAUACACUGAGAUGUAAAAGAUUUUACAAAAUGACAUUAAACGGUGCCCACAAAACUAGAUUGUUGGGUAGUAGCAUUUUUAGUUUUUUUUGUAGAAUAUAACUGUUGCAUGUUGAAUAACUCUUUUUAUGUCUCCAUUUCUUGUAAGGUGUUGCAUAUGAAGAAAAAUAAAAUCUUAAAGGGAUUCUACAGUGUAAUGAAUACAUAGUUGUAUUCUUUACAAUAUAGUUUGCAUUUUCCACCUCCCCUCCCUCCCAAGCACCGCAAGAGUUAAAAAAACACCCCAACCUUUUAACACUUACCAGACUCUAAAGCUCCUCCACCUCCAACAGGGGGGUGGGGGGUAAAGUGCAUGCGCGACAAGCACCAUGCAUGCAAAUUAGGCCCUCCCUAUAUACAGCCACUAGAGGCAGUCUUAGUCCUGCAAUAUUUUAAACUGCAGGACUAGGGGGGCAGGGACAUUGCACCUAGAACACUUCAAUGGGACACUCCAAAACCUAAAGCACUACAGCAUGCAUAAUUGCUCUAGGGCUAAACAGAGUGUCCCUUCUGUUUUACUUUAUAAAAGUUCAGAUUCCAAGAGAUUUUUAUUUUUUUUAGCUUUCAAUUGCAUCCUUCUGACUGUCAGACAGUAGGAGGGUGCUCUUCCUCACACACUUUGAGCACUCACUCAGUUAUGUGUCAGUUAUGAGUCUUCUCAUAUAAGAAUCAUUGCUAGUGCAGUGCAGUGAUUACUACGCAUGCACCCUGUCUUCCAGUGCUUUUAUAUGAUGUGGAGUGGCAGCAAAGUGACCCUCUUGGUAAUAUGAAUACAUAUUACAACACUACAGAAUUAUAAAUAAAUGUAUUUAUUUACAACGCUGAAGUUUAAUUGUUUGUGCACGUGAGGUCGACACACAGAGGUUGGAUUAUUAAUAAAACUGUGAAAUGACAAGAGAAUUGCAUGUUUUAGGCCACAAUUGCUGAGCUAAAAGACGGAGUUAAUCACUAAAAAGUCAAGGUAAAUUCAAGCUAAAUUUCAAGUUUAAGGUCCGUCUAGCUGAAAUGGAAAAAAUUCUGUCAGCUAUGCUUUCAUGUCAGCUAAAAUUUGGCCUUAAAUUUGAAAUUAACUUUGAAUUCGCCUUGAAUUCUUACUUUAGCAAAUAACGCUUUAAGUGAUUUGGGGAAUUACUUUGCCAUUUCUGCACAAUACGUGUUUAUUUAUGAACUCCAUAGUUAGUAUCAUACGUCUGUGAAAAUAAAGAUGGCUACACCCGGUGGCCUCACAUAUUGCCAUUAUUAAGUAAUCUUACACUGAUCAGCCACAACAUUAAAAACCUAGUAUGCAGGGUCUAGUACUUAUGAAAAUUGGUCCAGGGAAGGACAGCUGGUGAAUAGACGCCAGGCUCAUAGGUGCCCAAAGCUUAUUGUGGGAAGUGAAGGUUAGCCCAUCUGGUCCAAUCACACAGAAGAGGUAUUGUAAUUCAAAUUACUGAAAAACUUAAUGAUGUCCAUGAUAGACGGGUGACAGAACACACAUUGCAUCACAGUUGGUUGCGUAUGCUGCUGCAUAGCCAAAGGCCUACCAGAGUACUCAUGAUGAGCCGUGUACAAAGUCAAUGGGGACAUACACGUCAGAACUGGACCAUGAAGCAAUGGAGGAAAGGUGUGUGGUCUGAUGAACCUUGUUUUCUUUUAGAUUAAGCAGAUGGCCAGGUGUGUAUAUGUCGUUUACGUGGGAAAGAUAUGGCAGCACUGUAGGGAAAAAAGACAGGUCAGCAAAGUAAACAUUGUGCUCUGGCAUUCAUAUGGAUGCAACUUUGAUAUGUACCACCUACCUAGAGAUUGUUGCAGACCACAUACAUACCUUAAUGGCAAUGGUGUUCCCCCAUGGAAGUGGUCUCUUUUAGCAGGCUAAUGAACCCUGCCACACUGCAAAAAAUAGUUCAGGAACGGUUUGAGGAAGAUGACAAAGUGUUCAAGGUGUUGCCACCAAAUUUUCCAGAUCUCAGUCCGAUUGAGCAUCUGUGGGAUGUACAGAAACAACAAAUCUGAUCCAUAGAGGCCCCACCUCAUGGGAUUUACAGGGUCUGUUGCUAAUGUCUUGGUGCCAGAUACCACAGGACCCUCUCAGAGGUAUUAUAGAGUUCAUGCCUUGACCCAUCAGAGUUGUUUUGGCAGCACAAGGGGAACCUAGAUGAUAUCUGGCAAGUGGUUCUAAUGUUGCGACUGAUCACUGUAGAUAAACAUUAUUAUAGCAUUAAAUACUGAAACUAUGAGAUAUUCUUUAUGAUUGUCUUUUGAAUUAUUUUCCUAAAAUCAGAACUGGCCAAUCAGAAAUGGUUCAGUAACAAUGUUGAGUUGUUUGUUGUUUAAUCAAAAAUACCAUCACUUUCACAGAUGUUUCCUUAAGCUGAUGAAAGUGAAUGCUACAAUCUGCCAAGUCACACCUAUAUAUUUUCCAUUUGUCUAACAGAAAACAUUCAUUAUGUAAUUGGCUAUAUUACUAGAAUGGAAAGUGCUGCUAAAACAUAUAACAUUGUAUACAAUGUCAGUUACAAACUAAGAGAAGCCGUUGUCUGAAAAGAUACACUAUGCAUGCUUUAUAUCAAAGUGUUGAUGAUUAUUGUAAAAUAACCUCCUGUGUGUCUGUUAUAGAGCUAAUCAUUUCUAAACUAACAUAUUCCUGUGCUGACUUUUAAAUGUCCAUUUGCUCAGCAUUUUCCAUUAAAGCAGAGUAGUGAAGUUUUAUUAUAGGAACUCUCCAAGCAUUUUAACCACUCUAGCUCACUGUAGUGGUUAUCCUGCCAGGAGUACUUAGAACACUUCGUCCACAACCACCACUACUAUUGAAAGUUGUCAACUGAAUGCUCAAAGAUGUCAAACUGAAGUACCCAAGAUAUGAAACCAAACCAUUCUAAAAUGGUUUGACCAUUUAAAAUAGAGGUGGGGAGGCGAAGGGACACUUAAGGUUAGAGUUGACUCCUCCUCCUGUUCUUAAAACACAUCAUAUACAUAAUGCAAAAAUUAGGUUUCAAUUCCCCAUGAUUUGUAGCUUCCAUGGUAAAAUUAGAAAGUAGCUGAAAAGCUUUUCUAGUGUCUAUGAGAAUAUUUUUGUAGAUUGAAAUGAAGGCUAAACUAUAGAAAAUAAAUGAAAUUACUCUGUAAUAUAACUCUGUUUCAUACGCUGGACUUAAUUAGCAAUGUCAUGUUUGUAUAUAUUUUUCAUGCUUAUCCUAUCCAGUAUUUUCUUGGUAAUUUAUUUUAAUAAAUAUAACCAAAUCCAAUGAUUAUAUAAACAUUUUUUUUGUUCUGUGUGUAAAUGUACCAUACGACAGAUUGCUUUUGUCCACUUCAAUGUACACACACACACAUACACUCACAAACACACUCACACACACACUCACACACACACUCACAGACACACAUAUACACACUCACAGACACACACACUCACAAAAUAUAAUUUUUUUAAAUUCAAAAAUGUCCCUGGGGUCCAGUUGGGCUUCAAUGCAGCAGGCGCCUGUCUCCCUGUCAGGUGUGGUGAAGGAGCUGUGUUCUCCCAGGUCUGCUCCCCCUCGCCGAGCGGGCUGUCUACUGAUGCCAGGAGCCGGAAUAUGAUGUCAUAUUCUGGCUCCCUGCAUUAGCAAAUGGCGCGAGAGGGAGCAGAGCGAACACAGCUCCCUCGCCGCGUCUGACCGGGAGACAGGUGCCCGCCGGGGGGGUCCAUCAGGUAGCCAUCAAGUCACCUCAACGGUGUUCCUGCUGUAAAAAAAGUGCAGGAACGGAGUCUAAUGAAAGUAUUUAGAAAAUUGGGCAGACUAGAUGGGCCGAAUGGUUCUUAUCUGCCGUCACAUUCUAUGUUUCUAUAAUACCAAUUUAGUCCAUAUUAGGCCCGCAUUUAUUGACCUUCAUUUCUUGGUACUGCUAAAGCAGAAGAGUAAUACAUGUAAAAGCAAUGUGUUGUGCAAGAGCCUGGUCACAACGACCCAGGGAACCAUUGGCUCAAAAUUAUUUUGCACAGCACCAUGGGGAUGGCGCCAAAACCACAUAAGUGGGCAUUAGUGGUAACAGUUUAUAAAGUGUCUCUUAAAUGCAGCUAGGAACCCUUGAAGACAUAUGUGUCUCUGUCACCUGAUGUAAAUUAACUUUGUGAACAAUAUAGGCAGAUUAUUGAUCUUGUAUUUCCAUAACUUCACAUCACAGUGCCUUAUCUGGAACAUCAGAUGCACAGCAUUGAUAUCCUCUGCCUAGUAUAUAAUAUGUAAUAGCUGCAUUAUACCUACACUAACUAAGUUUGCUUGAUUUACAAAUGUAUUUGUUGUAUCUGUGAUUAUUUGUAGGAUUUCAGAGAUCUGUUGCAAUUGCGGAUUCCAAUUACAACUGGUUCUAUGGGCCAGAGAGCCAGUUAGUGUUUUUGGACAAAUUUGUCAUGAGGAACGGAAGUGGGAAUUGGUUGGCCACACAGAUCCAAAAAAACAGGGUGCAGGAAGGACCUGGAACGCCAGCCAAAGGACAGCGUUGGUGCACCCUCCAUACAGAGUUUCUUUGGUAAUAUAUGUUUUUAUUCAUUUAAAUUAUCCCAGGAUACACACUUUAUAAUUCCAAGACUCCAAUAGGAGAUGUACCAGUAUGCUAUAUGCUCAAAAUGAUAACUCAUAGCUGACGAAUAGGGAUUAAAAGGGAUACAUUGUUUCUCCUUCAUAAAGGAUCCAUUUGUUAUUUAUCCAUCUGAUCCAUUGUGACUUAUAAUUACUAAAGUUUGUUGAGUAAAAACACAUUUCUGCGGUUUCUGUUUUGCAUUACAGGGUUAAAGCUUAAGAUAAAAUCGUGUUGCUUGACUAAAGUGUUCCUUUAAAAUAAAAAGCCCACUCUAUUUCAAGGUCACUACACUAUAAUGUUAACCUCUUAAUGCCAUUACGGCGUUCUUUGCAGUUCCGCUUUAAGUGGGCUUUAAAGUCGCUUAAAAGAACGCCGUAAGAGCCUUGAGCCCAGGAUACUUACUUUCCUGGUGCUCCACUUCAGGAGGACAGGCUGACAGCCCAGGCAGCCCUCCCACGGCAAAUCAGGCCCCCAGGGGCCAUGUGAUCGCUCUCAAAGAGCAAUCACUUGGCCGCAAUAGCUGCUUGCAGAUCUGCCUGCAGGGGGAAUGUCUGGACUGUUAGGCAGUCCCCGUCCUGGUGAAAAAAGUAAAAAUAAAAAAAAAUAAAGUUACACAAAAAAAAAAAAAUAUAUAUAUAUAUGUAUGUAACAUCAUAGUUAGUUAAUUUUAAUGUUAACAUAAUUACAUAAAUUAGUACUAAAAUACUUAGAAUGAAGUUACAUAUAUUUUUAAUACAUCUAUAUAUAUUUUAUUUAUAUAUAUAUAUAUAUAUAUAUAUAUAUAUAUAUAUAUAUAUAUAUAUAUAUAUAUAUAUACAGGGAGUGCAGAAUUAUUAGGCAAGUUGUAUUUUUGAGGAUUAAUUUUAUUAUUGAACAACAACCAUGUUCUCAAUGAACCCAAAAAACUCAAAUAUCAAAGCUGAAUAUUUUUGGAAGUAGUUUUUAGUUUGUUUUUAGUUUUAGCUAUGUUAGGGGGAUAUCUGUGUGUGCAGGUGACUAUUACUGUGCAUAAUUAUUAGGCAACUUAACAAAAAACAAAUAUAUACCCAUUUCAAUUAUUUAUUAUUACCAGUGAAACCAAUAUAACAUCUCAACAUUCACAAAUAUACAUUUCUGACAUUCAAAAACAAAACAAAAACAAAUCAGUGACCAAUAUAGCCACCUUUCUUUGCAAGGACACUCAAAAGCCUGCCAUCCAUGGAUUCUGUCAGUGUUUUGAUCUGUUCACCAUCAACAUUGCGUGCAGCAGCAACCACAGCCUCCCAGACACUGUUCAGAGAGGUGUACUGUUUUCCCUCCUUGUAAAUCUCACAUUUGAUGAUGGACCACAGGUUCUCAAUGGGGUUCAGAUCAGGUGAACAAGGAGGCCAUGUCAUUAGAUUUUCUUCUUUUAUACCCUUUCUUGCCAGCCACGCUGUGGAGUACUUGGACGCGUGUGAUGGAGCAUUGUCCUGCAUGAAAAUCAUGUUUUUCUUGAAGGAUGCAGACUUCUUCCUGUACCACUGCUUGAAGAAGGUGUCUUCCAGGAACUGGCAGUAGGACUGGGAGUUGAGCUUGACUCCAUCCUCAACCCGAAAAGGCCCCACAAGCUCAUCUUUGAUGAUACCAGCCCAAACCAGUACUCCACCUCCACCUUGCUGGCGUCUGAGUCGGACUGGAGCUCUCUGCCCUUUACCAAUCCAGCCACGGGCCCAUCCAUCUGGCCCAUCAAGACUCACUCUCAUUUCAUCAGUCCAUAAAACCUUAGAAAAAUCAGUCUUGAGAUAUUUCUUGGCCCAGUCUUGACGUUUCAGCUUGUGUGUCUUGUUCAGUGGUGGUCGUCUUUCAGCCUUUCUUACCUUGGCCAUGUCUCUGAGUAUUGCACACCUUGUGCUUUUGGGCACUCCAGUGAUGUUGCAGCUCUGAAAUAUGGCCAAACUGGUGGCAAGUGGCAUCGUGGCAGCUGCACGCUUGACUUUUCUCAGUUCAUGGGCAGUUAUUUUGCGCCUUGGUUUUUCCACACGCUUCUUGCGACCCUGUUGACUAUUUUGAAUGAAACGCUUGAUUGUUCGAUGAUCACGCUUCAGAAGCUUUGCAAUUUUAAGAGUGCUGCAUCCCUCUGCAAGAUAUCUCACUAUUUUUGACUUUUCUGAGCCUGUCAAGUCCUUCUUUUGACCCAUUUUGCCAAAGGAAAGGAAGUUGCCUAAUAAUUAUGCACACCUGAUAUAGGGUGUUGAUGUCAUUAGACCACACCCCUUCUCAUUACAGAGAUGCACAUCACCUAAUAUGCUUAAUUGGUAGUAGGCUUUUGAGCCUAUACAGCUUGGAGUAAGACAACAUGCAUAAAGAGGAUGAUGUGGUCAAAAUACUCAUUUGCCUAAUAAUUCUGCACUCCCUGUGUGUAUAUAUAUAUAUAUAUAUAUAUAUAUAUAUAUAUCUCUACAUAUAUUUAAAUUAUAUAUACAUGUUUUCAUUCUAACUGUAUUUUGAUAUUGAGAGAUAUAAUAUAUAUAUAUAUAUAUAUAUAUAUAACAAAAUACUCUUAGAAUUAGAUUCUAUAUAAAUCUAUCUAUAAAUAAAAUAAAUUUGCACAAUUAAAUGAUUACAUAAGUAUUCACAUAGAAUUUAAAUACAUAUAUAUGUAUAUUCAUAUUUAUGUUUAUAUUUAUGUAAUGUUUUAAUAUAAUUAUGUAAUUUUAGUAAUUAAAAUGUGAGGGAUGUGCCUGAUGACCCAGAAUUUAAUUUGCUAGCACUAUAUUUAACCCUGUAACAUACAGAUACACAUGUAUAAGUGUGUGUUUGCUUGUGGAUGCAGUGUGUGCGCUUGUAUAGUGGAUGCAGUCUGUGUGUAGUGUAUGCAGUGUGUGUGUGUGCAGUGUGUAUAGUAUAUACAGUGUGUGUGUGUAUAGUGUAUGCAUAGUGUGUGCAGAUGCAGUGUGUAUGUUUUGUGGAAUAAGUGCUGACACUUACCUGCCCGUCCCAUCCUCCUCGACUGGUGGUCCGGUGGCACAGCAUGGAUGGGCAGUGAAGAGGGGCCCAGAACUCUGCAUCCUCGCUUCUCAUCCAGCAGCAGCAGCUAUGGUUGCUAUGGCAACCCACGGCAAUGCUCUCGCGGAUCGCAAGAACAGAGGACCUACUGCUGCUGGAUGGGAAUGCAGCCACUGCUCCAGAGUAUAACAGUACCCUCAUGUACAGGUUUUAUGGUGUUUUGGAAAGUUAGAGCAUCAAAUAUAAGGCUUGCAUUUCAGUUUUUUUCACAUUGAAAUUUGCCAGAUUAGUAAUGUUGCCUUUGAGACUAUAUGGUAGCCUAUGAAUGAGAAUUACCCCUGUGAUGGCAUACCAUUUGCAAAAGUAAACAACCCAAGGUAUUGCAAGUGGGGUAUGUCCAUUCCUUUUUAGUAACCACUUAGUCACAAACAUUUGGCUAAAGUUAAUGUUCAUAUUUGUUUUUUUGCAUUCUUCACACAAUUAAAUGCUUUUUAAUUUCAAGCGAAGAGGGAACCUGUUUAACAUAGAAUGUGACGGCAGAGAAGAGCCAUUCGGCCUAUCUCGUCUGCCCAAUUUUCUAUAUACUAAGUAUUUGUAUUAUCAUACAAGUCCUUAUUCUCUGAGGAGGAUACAUGCAGUGUUUACUUCACAACUAUAGAUGAGGCACAAACAAGUGGACAGGAAAAGUGGCUAUUGGGUAGCUCUGUAAAGUUGCUGUCUGUUCUUAUUUAUAUGUAAAGACUUUAGUACAUCAGAUAUUUUGCAUGAUGAGAAUGUUAUUUAUAAGUUUGCAAACACCAAGCUUACACUAAAAAUAACUCGUCUUUUGUAUGUUGUUUUGUCUUUCCAGGUAUGAUGCGACCUUAAAGCCUACACCUCCACCAGAUUUUGGAACUCCUCAAUUACAUUUCUUUGAGGACUGGGGAGUAGUGACCUAUGGGAGUUCCUUGCCAGCUGAGAUUAACAGGCCAUUUAUUUCCUUUAAAUCAGGAAAACUUGGAGGGCGUGCAAUAUUUGACAUUGUUCACAACAACAAGUACAAAGACUGGAUAAAAGGAUGGAGGAAUUUCAAUGCUGGUCAUGAACAUCCAGAUCAGAAUUCCUUCACAUUUGCACCCAAUGGGUUUCCUUUUAUAACCGAAGCAUUAUAUGGACCAAAAUAUACUUUCUUAAAUAACGUUGUAAUGUUUUCACCAUCUGUAUCCGAGAGCUGCUUUGCUCCAUGGGAAGGCCAAGUUACUGAAGAUUGUACUUCCAAGUGGCUAAAAUAUAAGCAAGGGGAAGCUGCAGACUCUCAUGGGAAAAUUGUUGCAGCUUUAGAAAAAAGUGGGGUGGUGUUUAUCAGGGGUGAAGGAGUGGGUGCCUACAGUUCUGGCUUAAAAUUAAAAAGUGUUCAGAGAAAUCUUAUUCUACUUCAUCCACAACUUUUGCUUCUUGUAGACCAUAUUCACUUAGAAGGCAGCAGCUCAGUGCAAACAGCAUCUAGCUUUUUCCACAAUGUGGACAUGCCUUUUGAGGAGACAACAGUUGAUGGUGUUCAUGGAGCAAUAAUCAGGCACAAAAACGGAAUAUAUAAAAUGUACUGGAUGGAUGACACUGGCUUAAGUGAAAAAGCAGUCAUUACAUCAGCAGUGUACCCACAUGGUUAUCCAUACAAUGGGACCAAUUAUGUGAAUGUCACAACCCAUCUCAGGAAACCAGUCACAAGAACAAUCUACCUGUUCAUUGGACCUUCUGUUGAUGUUGAGAGCUUCAGUGUCAAUGGAGACUAUCAGCAAGUCGAUGUUUACCUUGCAACCAGUGAACAUGCAUAUGCAGUUUAUCUCUAUACAGGGGAAACACCUAGCCAGUCAAUAUAUGCUAAAGUAGUUGCAGAUAGGCAAAAGAUUGUAUUUGACAAAAGUUCUUCUGUGAGGAAUUUUCCACCAGCAGAGGUAAAAGAUUAUACUAUGAUUGUGGAACAAAAACUUCAGCACUUCAAACCUGUUUUCCAGCAAAUGGAAAAGCAAAUACUAUCUCAUGUUCGGAACACCGCUGGUUUUCGUAAGAUAGCUGAGCGGCUUCUUCGAUUUUCAGAUAAGAGGAACACUGAAGAGGCGAUUGAAAAGUUAUUUGCAAUAUCUCAACAGCACAAGCAGCAAGGGAAGAGAAAAAUGACCAAAAAGGGAUCAAAGAACUACAAAUUUGUUAAUGCUGUUCCAGAACUAUUUGCACAAAUAGAAGUGAAUGAAAAGCAAACACGACAAAAGGCUAUGGCCAGGGCUCAGAAUGAACUUCCAAUCAACGAAGAAGAAGAAAUGAAAGAUCUUUUGGAUUUUGUAGACGAACCCAACAUAAAGCACAAUACUGAGUUUUUGAACAGACGAUCUUCCCCUCACAUGUUGACAACCUUUCACAAUGGAGCAGGAUCAAUUUCUGCUUCAUACACAAGACUAUUUUUAAUCCUGAACAUUUCAAUUUUUAUUGUUCUGUUAGCACUGCAUGUAUCUCGGAUUGUAAAGACUAAGAGCAUGUAUAGAAAAAAAUGUCUCUAUGCCAUACUUUCUGUUGACUUUUUUGUUUUGAUGUGGUUGUAUUCAUCAUGCUAUCGAUCUAAAUGCUAG